CAUUCUUUCGGUAUUCAAGAUGGCGCCAGGCGCUAUAUGAAUCUCUUUGAGCGUGGAUUUCUUUUUUUAGUGGAGAAGUUUUCAUGGCAGAAUGAAAUGGAAUGAGUGGGAGACCACAGGGCCGUGGUAGGCAAACACGCAGAGAUCGUUCUCAGCGAAACAGAGGCCGAGACCACUCUGCAGACUCAGUCAGUAGCACUACAAGUACUCAAAGUGAAAGAGAAAGAGAUCGGGAUCGCGAACAACGAAAUGGGCGGAACUCCAGACGUCGCCCUGAAAAGAAAGAAGAACGAGGCAGACGAAGAAACGACGAAAGUAGGAGAGAUGUACCUGAGAGAGAGGGUAGUAAAGCUAACGUCGUUGAAAAGGAUAAAGGAAAGCAGCGCACGGAUGGUGAGAAACAACCUUCUCGCGGUAGGGGAGAAACCAACCGAGAUGUUCCCAGAGAGUUGAACCGUGAUAAUUUUGCUACUAAAGGCUCGGCUAAUGGUAAGUCACGGUACACUGAUAGUUACAGAAUUGACUUUCCGCUCUGAAAAACAAUUAACAGUGAUUCAGCUGAACUGAACAAACGCUAUAGCUUCAAACAAUCAAGCUUAUUAUAACCUUGUUUGUUCUUUGGUUCCGUUGGCCAAAUUUGAAAGUCGCAAUUCAGACGUUCGUUUGUUUAACGAAACGCGUAUUUUUUUAAAUAUAUAUUUUUAGUCGUUUUAAUUUUUGUUUCAAUUGUCCAAGUUAUUUUUUUCUCAAAGAGAAUGCAGAUAACCAAGGUAUAGCGCUCGACAUGUGCAAGAAAAUGAUGUCCCCUCUCUUCUUCCGGCUAAUUUGCUCGGUUUACAUUCUCCAAGGCAGCUUAGUUUAUACAUAAUUGGACUUAAUGGCAUAAUCUGCCUCCCACUGCGUAAAAUUCGGUAUGUUUUUUUGUGGUUUAUUCUACAAUUGGCAUAUGCAUAUGAGCAUAUUAUUUUAUUAAAAUGUGCAACUUCAUGUUCACUCUAUACCAGCAGGCUAAUCAGUAGCUCACUCGCUGUCCAUAUUAAUACAGAAUAUUAUUAUAUUGUAAUGAUCAGCAAUAACCGUAACAUAUUCAGGAAUUUAAAAACUGUAGACAUUCAGUUAUGAGCUAUUAUGCUUCAAUCUUGAGUACACCAGUAAUUGCUGGAUGGCAAGGAAUAUUUACUUCUGCACAACAGGCUGAAGGGUUACAAAGGAAAAGGUCCAAAGUGACUCCUGAUUACAGGUUGAAUUCUCCUACAAUUAACAAACAAACACAAGACAAUUAAAACGGGAGAAUCUAGAGGUAAAUCAGAAGUCACUUGGAGUCACUUUAAACUGUCGCUUUUAUUAACCAGCCCCUCCACUUAUAUUAUGAGCCCCUUCCCAGGUAUAGGCCCAUCCACCCAUCAACAAAACUGCAUCUGAUUCAUUGCUCUCAUCAGACCGAGGCAUUGCAGCAUUUCUGCACUUUUUCGGGGAAUGCUGCACAAUAAUUCGCUUAAGGGGUCGCAAGGUACAUAAAAUAUACGUACACACACAUACAUUUCCUUAUAAUAUCAGCCAAAAUUUAAUUGUUGAUGUCGCCUUUACUCUAACUCAGAGCAGUAAAAUGUUCAGUUAACUGUAUGUAAAAAUUGGAUGUUUAUUAUCUAAGAAAGUACAAGGGAUUUACUCAAACUCAGACCUGUGAGUUAAACAUUGAGUUAACUGUACAUGUGUCUAAAAAUUGUGACCCGCUUUAAUUUUCUCCCUCAUGACCCCCUUUUAGCUUCUCUAUGGGUCCUGUGGACCCGAGGGUGGAAAAUUUAGGUAAGAACACUGCCGAAUAUUAGCCCCCCCCUGGAUAUAAGCCUGCCUCUAAUGCUGUUCCAAAUGUGUUGAAAUGAAUUUGACUUAUUAUGACGUUUAGAAGCUUAAUGAAAAUGAGCUUGAAAAGAAAGGACAUUAGCUUUUUGAAUGAUCUAGGCUCUUUGUUUUUCUUGCCCCACUGUUUCCUCUUCCUCACCAGAGUUUUUUUGUCCCAUGUGACCAUUUCGUGCAAAGUGCCCAUAAAAAACAGUAAAUCCAAAACGUAUUUUGAUUAGCAAUGCUAUAGCUUGGUUUUGAAGCAAUUUUUUGACUGCAAGUAUUAAGCCCCAGAACAAAGCCCCUUUGUUUAAUCGAAUAAAUACGGUAAGCCCAGGGCUUGCAAGUGACAGUUUAUGGCAUUUUUGCUCACCAUACACUUAAAUUUCUUGAUGGUAAAUCCUCAGAUUCAAAAUGGUAGUAUUUUUUUAUUUGACCCAUCUAUGUACUUGCUAGGUACUAUGUGCAUGCUUAGGGUUCAUGCAAACCUGCACUGGACUGACUUCAAAACCUGGAGGGUACAAUAUUUUUUAUAAGAUACAUUUUUUGUCUUUUAGAUCGAAAUAAUAUGUUCGGGGAUGAUUCUCGUUUAUCACAUCUUGUAAAGAGGAUCACCAAAGAUUCUGAAAGAGACCGUCGUUUAACUGCUGUUCAACAGCUUGAAGAAUUUCUUAACAAUGCUGAUAAUCACCAGGUAGUCAAUAUUAUUAUUAUUAUAAAGCAGAAUAUCAGAUGUGCAUUGUAUUUUGUUUAUGUGGCACUUUAUCUUACAUUAGAUUUACCAGCUUCUCCCUGGUAUAAAAUAUCCUGCCUGCAUCUGAAAGAGGAUUGGUGUGCACUGAUUUUUUUAUCUGCCUGGCAACAAAAUAAUGCAGUUUUAAUGAUGUCAUUUUCCCUUGUAACUCUCCUAUUUCUUCUUGUAAGACAUAUUAUGAAAUGCAAUACAGUGUACCACUGUACCUGUACAAGGCUUUAAGCAGUGCCCGGUCAACCCUCGAGCCCAACUUUUGCUCCUUGGUGGCAAGUAAAUCUUAUUUUUUUCAUAGAAGGCAUAUGCUAGACACCCGGAUUUCACAGGUUCAGAGCAAUGGGCUCCCUUCAAUUUUUCUUAGAUAGAGUAUGGCUUUGCUGUACCUUAAUCAUCCAUUAGUGUACAGCUCUUUUUGUGUCUCCUGCAUCUCUUUUGAUUUACGUCCCCCUGAACUCAGUAUCUUCGUGAAUUUUCAAAUUGAGUACAGGGUUUUCAAUGAGAGCCGGUGUCCGGCAAAAUUUGGUGGGUAUUUCACAUGAACUCGCCUCCUGAAUAAAAAAGCCAAAAUUUAAUGUCUGUGUUCUGUUCAAACACUCUGAUUUUUGCUCCAGAAUGCUGGACAUACAUUCUGAGAGGCCCAGGUUUUCAAAAUUUUUUCCAGAAACUUGCACCUUUGGUGCUCACAAGUUGGCCUUUGCCGCAACUUUUUCCUUCUCCACCUACUGCAAAGCUUUUGCUACCUACAGUAAAUAGAAUCUUAUUGAAAACUUUGGAUUAAAAUGUAAAAUGUACUUGAGACAAACUUGAUAAUAAUGAAGGGAUGCCUGGACAAGCAAGAGUGCUAGCUAGUUGACUUCACAUCAACUUAUAGAUUCUGUCUUGCAUUAUGUUUUCUUGGAGGCACACGCCAUAAUUUGAAACUUGCAUUUCAUAGAUCACAGCAAUAAAAAUACAUUAUUGUGACCAAUAAAUAGUGUUUUUUUUAUACAAAUCUUCAAACUCUAGGUGAUAGACAAGCAUGCUGAGAGUCUUUUUACAGCCUUGGAGGAUGUGCUGUUUGAAAGGUAGUUGUAAAAAACUUUCUUUCACUAAAUGGUUCUUUAAAGCAUAGUAUGUUUGUGCCAAGAAUAUACUUCAUGGAAACAAUAAGUAACAUAUCCAUAAAAAGUUUUGGGAAUGUUUCUGUGAUGCAUUAUUUUUUUCUAUUGCAUCAUUGUGUAUCACACAGCAGAAAAAUACAGAGAAAGGUUAAUUUCUACCAUCGCAAUAUUUUUAGGGGCCAGCCAGAGCUGAAAGAGAAAAUCGCAUCCUGUGUUGGUGUGAUUGGUGGAGUUCUAGGCGGUGAAGCAGGAAGGUACGUGUAUAUUGUGCUCAAUAUAACUUACUUGUGUUCUAUCCUUUUUAUAGUUACAUGUAAGUACAUUCUGUGAAAGGAGAAAAAUUUGAGUAUUGUGAGCAACAUUUCAUUGGAUGGUUGUCCACAUUUCAUGGCAUUUCAAACAGGAAAGGGUGGGUAUUCAGAAAAACUGAGUUCACUUGGUAAGAAGAGUGCUCUCUGGGAAUAGGCUGUUUGCAGUAAGAGGUCAUGUGACAUCAUUUUUAUGAAAAUGAAAGUUAUAUGAUUCUGCCUUCAAAAAACAAUUAGUGGGUCAUAUCUUAAGCAAAAUAAUAAUGAUUUAGUUUUUCAAACUGGUAGAGCGGUUUUCACUUGACUGUCGAAAGUAAUUGAGGAAUUGGUUUGGUUUUGGUUUUACUACGCCCUUUGGUUGGCUAGUGUAUUUACUUUGGUUUUGGGCUCUUGCUCCAAUGCUGUGCUUUGUGUAAGUUUCAUGCGAUAGAAGGUCAAAUCGUAGGCACAUCAGAUUGUGUAUGAUAGAAGGUCCAAACAGUAGAUGUGAUCAGAUUGCAUUCUAUUCAUACCAGUCAUUCUUAGUGCAAGUCCAAUUGAAUGCUCGGUACAUACAUUGUGCUCAUGCAUAAUAGCAACUUGGAGAUUAGGAUUGCGGGCUCCUCUGGUUUCCCACAAUAAUAUCUUACAUGAGGGACCCAAACAGGUGUAUGUUCUUCGCUCUUGGCCUUGUGGGCCAAAAUGCUUGAUACAGCACUUUUCUCAUCCCCUUUUGUUCUUCUUAGGUUUUUUCAAUGGAUUUUUACCAAACUUGAGUCUUCUGUAGCUGACGAAGUUAAGAUCUUGCUAUUGUCAGCACUGUCAAAGGUAAAUAUUUUAUUUACUUGUCUGUUUUAAAACAGUUAUGAGUCAAACAUGCAUAGAAACUGAAUUAUGAAAGUUGUUUAUAUUCAUGUGCAAGUAACUGUUUUGUCUGCUUUUGAAAUGGUGUAACAAGAAUUCAACUUAUUCUGACUAUAUUAGUAAUUUAAAUUUAAAAGGUUCGUGACAAUUUUGUAUUUUUUUGUUUCAACUUCAGUAGAUGUUAAUCUCUUAGAUUACGUGUUUUGUGUGUUUAAUAGAGGUUUCUUGGACUCUGGAUGUAAUAAAACAUUUUCUGUUUUUUUCUCAUAUUCAGGCAAUUCAAGUGGAUACAAAAAAUAAAUACUUUAGAGAUUUCAUGAUGGUUAGUAAAAAACUAAUAUAAAGAAGUGUAAAUACUCUUCAGCCUGCCUUAUUAUUAAUUAUUCUAAGAAAGUGUGUGGGUUUUUUCAGUGACACUUGAACUUAUCAUGAUUAUGACUUUUUUUUUCAGAAUGUCAUGAGCAGCUUGCAGAAUAUGCUGGAAAAUGUAGAUUCCUCAGGUAUACAGCAAUGUUUAUCAGUCACCAAAGUUCAUGAUUUUGCGUCAUAAUCCUGCUUGAUCCACAAAAGCUAUUAGAGAGCUUUAGAUUCUACGACGAGGAUGGCUACAAGAACAAGAUUUUCUCAAUACUAAGUUGUCCUUUUGCAAACCAAAGUUAUUUUGGCGGGAAAAUGUGGUAGCCACCGUCAGUCUACUACAAGUUUUAGUGAGAAUGUCAUAGUGGCAAAAACAAGUUGUCAAAUGUUAGAAAUUUUAUUUGGACUUAACCUCCUUCAAUGAAAACACUGGUUAUGCUUUGAGAAGAGAUAUACUGUAAUCUGUGGGUAUUCUUGAAGGGAAACAUCAUUUUUACCAUCUAUAAGUGGUGAGUACUUCAGACUUGCAGAAUGCAUGACUUACAACAGAAUGCUAUCUGCAAUACCUCCAGUGACAAUGGCUAAGGCCAACUAUCACCUGAAAAAAAAAAGGUCAACCUUGCUCAGGGUUAGAAGAGAAUAGCAGGAGGAAGUUUUCAUCUGCCUGUCCUGAAGUCACUUAUUAUUGAUGGUGGUGAUAACUAUUAAAAUUGUACAAGUUCAAACUGAACUAAAAUCUGCAAAACGGGGAUGAUUUUCUUUGUUAUAAGUUUGGACUAGACAAGAGAGUAAUAAUAUUCUCUUUCCGCUAUACAGCUGACAAUUUUGUUGUUGCUUGACAGACUUGUUACGUGCAGCCUUAAAUGUGAUGAUGCCAAUUGCUUUGGAUUACCCACAUGCAUUUGCUGGACAUUUUAGGGUAAGUUCCUCAAUUAAGUUCAGCUGUAGUGGUCUGACUAAUCCUUACUGUGAUAGGAUGGUAUCUGUGACAAAGACAUCAACCCAGCUGUGGCAUUACUAAUUAAUUGAUUCAUUGGUAGCAUGACCUAUUUGCGAGCAGUUGUUCUAACAAGCUUUGGGGGGUAAUAAUUGUUCAUUGGAAUCAUGAGAAUUCUCAAUAAAUGCAGCUAUAUAUUUAGACUCACUAUAACAAACUGUACUUGUUCAUGCUCCUGUGGUAUUCUGAUGAAAGGGUUUCAAACUCCUAUGGUCUUUCCAUUUAAAUGAAACUUCAUUGGUCUAACUUUUGCAGAAUUUGAUGAAAAAUACUUGUGCUUUUUGUGAUUUUGUUUCUUCAGUGAGUAUUGCGAGUGAAAGGGGUAAGUAGAUGUUAAUGUACUGUUAUUCACAUUGUGUUUUUAUUCUUAUUAGGACACUGUUGACAUUCUUGUCGGGUGGCACAUUGACACCUCCCAGCCAGCAUCCCUUACUCUGUACACCUCAGGUUUGUUGUUUAAGCCAGUGUUUCUGUCUCUCCCUUUCACAGACAAUAUUAUUUUUUUGUGUGUGUAGUUGACAGUGACAAUGGUAUGUAAUGAAGAAAAAAUUGUAUUUGUGGUUUUGGCAAAAGUGAAAACUUAUUCUUUAUGUGACUUUGCUGCUUUGGUGGCAAAUUUUACUCAUAUCACUCCAGCAAUGUUCUAGCUAUGUAGGCUAAAAAUGGAGUGGUGGGAGAGUCAUGAUUACAAUCAUUCUAUCUACAUGCCAAGGGAACUGUCCUAUGUCUUAUGUUAGUGAUGGUGCACAUGUAACCAAACUAUGGUGUGAUUUGUAAAGUAAAUUAUACAAGGUACUUAAUAAUGAGCUUCAUGCACGGUUCUUCACAAUUUUACAGAAUGUCUGGUAAAGUUGCAUGACUACUGGGCCUCAGACAUUGCCUUCUCUCUGACACUCCUGAGUCAGUUUUUAGAAGAUAUGGAAGCUUAUGCUGAGGUAAGGUUGGCAAUGGAGUAUUUGCUUAUGUUUAAACAUUUUUUUCACGUAUUUAAAUAUUUAGGAAUUUGGAGCAAAAACAUACAUUCAUGCAUUACUAUUUCUCUUUAGUUAGUAAACUGCAUCAGAAAUACAGAAUGUCCAGAUAAUUUUAUUAGCUGUCCUGUCAUUUGUUUAAGGUACAGUAAAAUCCCGCGUAUAAGAACCUGGGUUUUAAGAACCUGUUCGGCUAAAAUUUUCAUUUUAAGCCACCUCCACAUAAGAACCUAUUAAGGCUAAAAUUUUAAGUUAGGUUCUUAUCAGUGGAGUUGCUGUAAAAGUGUAUCAACUUUGAAAUAGCAUUUCAGGGAACUGACUAUGAGUUAGUUUGUUAUGUUUUGUUAAGGACAUACCCGCACUGUAAUGCCUUUAGGCAUUAUGGUAUAAAUGAUUUAUAUUGUAUUAUGGGAUGAUAUUUAUAAUAUACUGAAAUGAAAUUCAUAUCAAAAUAUAAGAACCUUUUUUAAGAACCUUGGUAGUCUGAAUUUGCUUUAAGUACCAUUUAUAUAAGAACCUGUUAAGGCUAAAUUAAAAAAUCCAGGUUCUUAUAGGCGGUGUUUUACUGUAUAUUUCCUUCAUAUGAGGCACUCAAGGCUGUGCUCUAAGGAAAAGUGAAGGGAGCCCAGUGCUGUGAAACUGUAAAAGCUAGGGUGUCCAGCAUAUGAUUUGUAUGAAAAAUCUAAGAUUUUCGAGUCGCCCGAGGGCAAAAGUUAGGCGCCAGGGGCCACCGGGCUCUGCUAGAGCACAGCACUGGGCACUGUGUAUUGAUUUGGUUUGAACCAGAACAGCACCCUGAUGAAGGGUGUGAAAUAACUUUUGUGGUGUGUACACUAAUAGAGAGACUUCUUAUACCAGGCCUUGUUGACCCUUUGAGUCCCAAGAGUGACUAAAGUGAAAUUUCUCCUAACUAUAUCAAUACAAAAUCUAGAGAAAAAGUGGUGAGAAUUAAUAAAAUGAUCAUCUGAUGUGAAAAGCUUUGAUGAACAAGCAAAUUCUCUCAACCAGUUCUUUAAGGAAAUGUAUGGAGAUCAGUCUGGAGAAUUUGUAUUUGGAUAUUAGGGAUUAAAGGGUUAACUUUGUAUACUUGUGAUUUCAGGAAUUAGGCAUGUUGUCUAACCAAGUUGUGAGUUCAGAUGAAAUUCCAUUACCUUACGUGUCUCUUCCAAGAUUGACAGCUUUAGUGAGGUAUGGUUAAUAAUGGUCUGGUGGUGUGUAGUUGUCAUUGUUGAUACUCUUGCCGUACUACGAACACUUUCGUAAAGUCUUGACAAGAAUAAUUUUAGCAUUGGAAUUAGUGGCCAUGUGAGGCAAACUGUUAUGUUUGUGGUAUGUUUUCAAACUUGAAGCUAAAAACUGAAACUGAAAGAUUCAAGAAGAUGAAAAAAGUAUUGCUGUUCUGUUUGUAACUUCUCCUAAGACUCUGGUUGUGCUCUCAUUAAUUAGCUUAUAACACCUUCAAGUACCUUGCAUUUUUUUAUUUUUUGAAAUCUUCUUUUCAAUUUUUCGACAGAGUGUUUACUACAGUUGUUAACGGUAUUGGACCAAGCUUUUCUCCAAACAGAAGUCCUUCCAUUACACCAUCUUACUUGACUGAGGUAGAAUAAAAAUUCUUAAAUAUUUCUGUUAUGUUCUUUAGUAAACUUAAAAUGAUUACUACAUGUUUGUAUUAGUCUUCUCCUAAAGUGUAAUUUAAACACAAGUCAUUUUCAAUAGUAAUCAGGGCCAUGCAUGCUUCUCUUUGAGUGUUAAUAAGAAUAGAUAAUUAUUGGUCUCUCUACAAAAAUGAUUAUAGCUGUAAUCAAAAGGCUGUAGGCUUUCCACGACAAAGUUUUGUUUUGCAGCCUACCUCAAUAAUGUUUAAAUAGUUUCUAAAAGUGGAUCACAAUGGUUUAGACCAUAGGUUAGAAAACUGUAAUAGUUUAUUGCCCUUCCCUCUUAAAAUAGAGUUAUUGUAUUGUAUUGUAGACCUAAUUUGACAAAGUGUGACUCAACUAGAUUUUUGUCCUUUUCAGUUGAUUCAAAGAAUUAUUCAGUGCAUUAACAUGUCUGGCUACUCCUACUACUAUGAAAAGCUGUUUGUAUCAGGUACAAUAUACUGUUGUUAAGGUUGUAUAUGUAAAUUUUGUUCUUGUUUCAGUAUUAAUUUCAGGCCAGAUUCAUGCGUCAGUAAUGAUUAUGAUGUAAUGUUCUUGCACCUAUUUCAGCCAACGAGUGUUUAGCAUCCAUGUGUUCAUGGCUUCAGCCUUACUUUUCUUGCUGCUGUGAAAUAACUGCAGCAUUUGUGAUUCAGCAACUCCAGAGUGCCUCCUGUGUAACCUAUCCUCACAUUAUGUCUGCUCUUCAGCUCAUAGAAAAGGUACACAAUUCCUGCUUUUGCAAAUAUCUAACUGUACAUGUAGUACAAGAGUUUCACUGGAAUUUUUUUUGUCAACUUAAGAUGUUCUUUUUUUUGGUAUUUUUCUCUGGCCUGUUUGACUAAGUUGUGCUCAGUCAGGUUUUGAGCGAUCUCCUCUUUCCGCACAAGUAAGGUGUCAAAGUUGUCUUUGAUAGUUAAAAUUGAUUAUGUCACCAGUGAUACAAGGGAUGUGGAUCCAAGUUGGUAUGGGCAGUUCAUGUGUGAAUGGGUAAAAAGGCAGCAAGGGAACAAAAGAAUUGGAGUAGAGUCAAGAGUUACAAAUCUCGUUAUUAUUUUAUUUUAUUACUCAGUUUUCUGUUAGCUAAUCACAUGUAAAUAUCAUUGCAGGUAAUAGCUCAUGUGAACACAGCUAUUCCUGCAGCUUUCAUUCAACAGCUCUUGGAACCUGGUUGCCCUGUGAUGAAAUUGCGCUUUUCUUCUGACCAAGCAGUAAGUACAUUUGAAACAUGACUUUUUUGUGCAGGCAGCAAUGCAUUGUUGUUCUUGUGACUCAGUUCCUUUUCUCAAUCUCUGUCUCAGCCUUCAGAUAAAGCCUAGGUGCUGACAACAUUAAUUAUGCAAAAAUAUUAUAACUGACCUUUGAUCUUGCUAUUAAUCUUUGUAGGUUUUAUCAUCAGUGAUGAAGAUUUAUCAAGGUUUUCUUGGCAUUCAUGAUGUCCCUCUUCUGGAGACUGCUUACAAGUAAUCAAAGAUGUUCAUUUUUAAAAAUACUGCUUUUCGCAUUGCAAUGAUUAAGUUGAAAGUCGAAAAAUAGGGUUGUCAUAACGGUCUGUAACCAUGAUUAUUGUUGCUGUUGGCUCUUUCUCAGUUUUGAUUUAGUUUUGUUUUUGUUUGUUGUCGUUGUUUUUUAAUAGGCCAUUUUACAGUUGUGUGUUUAGUGCCUGUUUUACUGUUGUGUACUCAGUGCCCUGGCCUUUUUAUAGAAGUGAGGCUGGUGGUGACCUUGUUUUGUUACAAACUGUCCUGCUUUUCAUGUGCAAAUCAUGGUAUUCUCAUGUUAAUAAGCCUGUGAACAUGAUCAUUUACAUAUGAAAAACAAGGUCACUGCCAGCCUCGCUCCUAUUCAAAGGUCAGGGCACUGAGCACAUGACUAUAAAAUGGUCUACUGGCGAAGGAAGUUAUUGACAGGGAUAAAAGGGGUAACAGGGGUAACACAGUUUAUUACUGGUAACCAAGAUGUUUACACUGUGGGCCAUAAAUAAGGAUGGAAACAAACAAUUAAAAGGAACAUAACAAGUGAAAAUUCCAACGGAUGGGAGGCAAACCAGUUAGCCACCUGUAUUUAUAAGCAUGACCAAGGAGUUUAUUUUAAGACUGUGGAGAACAAAUCCAGCUUGUGGUCAGAGUGGUGACUUGAACUCAGGGCUUCCAGGUUGCAAAUUCAGUGCUAUAACUGCCAUGCCAUACUGCACGCUAAAAAAACACUGAAAACUUAAAAACAAACAAAAACCAAGGAUAAAAAGAAAUCCACAGCAUAGCCAUUGACAGUUUAGUGCAUGAUCACUUAAAAAGACGUUUAGGUUAGUCUUACGUCAAGAUUGCGUUGCUCUCCUUUUGCAGCAUCGCUGUGACAGAGCUUACUGAGAGCUUUUCCAUUCUGAAGAAAAUGUUGGAUGACCAAGAUGAGACUGACGGCAAAUUAGAGCCUCCAUCAGGCAGUGAUGAUGAAAAAGAAACUUCUAUUGUUCCAGAGGAUAACACGAACAAAAUUGAGGCAUCAAGUCUUGUUGAUAACACUCAUGCAAGUAGCUUGGUACAAUACCGCAGUGUUCAUGAGCUGGAAACUAUUCUGAUCUUUGACUUGUGUGCCCUGUCAGAAAUUGCAACAUCCAAAUCAGCAAUUUUGAGGGUAAGAUUGAGACCUUGUUCAUGAGCAUUUUGAAGGAAUUUUCAUUUCUGCUGAAACUAGUUUUCAUUCUUUUAGGCUGUGAAUGUGAUUAUUACCCAAAUAUAAAAGUAAUGGAUUUUAUUUUAAUGGUAACCACAAACAUUAUGAUUUUGAAGUGCUACAUCCACUUGGUAGCUUUUAUUUGAAUAGCCACAUUUCCGGCUUAGUUUGCUAUUACUAUUAAUGAUCUCGCAACUUUCCACAUGACUUCAACUUCUGAUUGUGGACAAAGAAUGCUUGUAGCAUGUAUUCUUGCUCCUAGACAUAAUGGUAAGCUCCGAAAAAUUACAUUAAAACAUUAUUGAUUUUUUAGUUGUGGAAGCUCUCUCCCAGCCCUUAUCAACUGCUAACUCAGCGUCUAAAUGCAUGUCAGUGGAGGAUUGCUGUCUGCCACCCAUCUGUACAGUACACCAUUCUUCAUGCGUUAUACACAUAUUGUCAGAGGUACAUGUAAAUUUUUUCAUUUGUUUGAGAAUUGAAUCUUGAAACUAAUAUUCUGUGGGAACAACAAAACGGCUGUCUAAGCCUGGGACUUGACAUUGGUAAAACAGUGAAUUUUUUUUUGUCAUUGCAAAAAUGAUAAAUUGUGAUGCUCUGCUUGCCCAAAUGGAGCACUGCCGUAGCAACGUUAUUGUUAGUAUCCAUUUGAAUGAUGCUUUAUCUGGAAGCUAUGCAGCAGGCUGUCACUACGAUUUCAAGUUGCCAGAUUGAUGUGAUUUCUAGGCAGAAAAUUGAACAGCCAGGUUCUACUUAAAUAGGUUCUAUUUUACUUUUGGUUUCCUAUGAAAGUAACUAUGGGUCGUCAUGCUCAUCAUACCAAGAAGAAAUCCCAAGGCCCGGGCCCUUACUGACAGCCCUGUAUGUGGUGAAUUAUGCUGUUAUAGGAAUUUCCAUAGGUUUUAUUACUCCACUUUCUUUGGUCAACUAAGUCCAGCCAGCACUAAAAUAAAAGCUUUCCUGUUGUAAUAUUGUUGGUUCAAAGCCAUAGCUUGUGUUAUCUUUUUUCAGGUACAACCACUUUCUUCCUAAUUCUCCAUCAGAGGGAAUACGAGUGUCAGACGAUGGAGACAUUGUCACAAUGUUUAGCUUACUUUCCGAAGUAUUAAGAAAUUCUAGCACGCCACAAGAUUCAAGGUAAACAAUAUCCCCUCAAAUUAAUUUUCUAAAAUUCUGAAUGGUAGCUCAAGCUGUAAAUAAACCCAUGGCUUAUGAAAUCUCAACCAUAUUCCAUUUUUUAAUCUAUCAAUAACAAUAUCCUUUUCAAGAUGGAUUUAAAUAUUCCUUGAGCAACAGUUACUAUUAUCAUUAUAACCCGUACAGUCCCACAUGCAAUUUGGUUGGAAAACCAUAUGAAAAAAAGUCCCGUCCCGCCCUCCCACUCAGUCAGUAAGUACAUAAAACAGAUCAUAUCCUCCUUACUUCCUUCUUCUCUGAAAAUACAAAUAUAUGUGCUUUUAUAUAUAUGGCUAAAUGUAAUUUAGGUAAAGUUAAAUUGCAAGCCAAUGUGGUCAGCAGUCUCCUCCUCAUGCGUACGUGAUCUGAGGGGUGUCCGCAGGGGCCUUUUGCUUAUCUUGUGACUUACAUUGCAUCUCAUGCUGGCAUUUUUGAGCUGAUCUUUACGGAUCUGUUGCUUAGCGAAUCGUUGCGGGUUGCCAUGGAUACCUCCUUGCUAUGCCUGAGGCAUUCAGGCUCCCGUCCAACCUUUAAGGCACCAGUUCCCAAGCUCAUCUAUUGGUGAUGGGUUUAAAGGAAAUAUUGUGAUGUCUGACCUAAGUUCUCCUUUUUCCAGUCAAAAAGUGAAACAUUUGCUGUAAUGUAUUUUUUAAAAAAAUUUUACAGUUGAACCUCCCAUAAGCGACCACCCAAAAUGCAAAGAUUUAGAGGUCGCUUACAGGAGGUGGUUGCUUACAAGAAUCAAACCACAUCGGGUCCCUUUUGAGAAGAGUUCCCUACACAUCUACUUUUUGGAAGAGAAUUAUUAUUAUUGCAUGCAAUUUCUGAGUUCCAUGUUGUCACUAAAAGUUCUUGGUAUGCUCUGAGUAGUGAAGUACAUACAGUGAACUAAAAGAUCAGACCAUGUGUAAAGCAGAUGCUUACAAGAGGUUAAAAACAAUGGAAAAUAAUUAAACUGUCACCCCUAAAAGUGGUUACGGUUGCUUACCAGGGAUGGUUAUUUACAAGAGGUGGAAACCACAGGGCAAAUUUGACUGAACAUUUUGAUGUUUUGGAUCUGUGGGGUCUUAUGGGAAGUGAUUGCUUACCAGAUCAGAGGUGGUCGCACACAGAGGUUUGACUGUAUUUGCAGCCCAGCGGUCUUCAUUUUUGUUCUUCUUCCUUUCUUCGUUUUAGAAAGUUGUGUUUGGUGUGGCUGGUGGAGGUUUUAGACAGAACACUGGGCAGUAGUGUCCUGACAUUAGUGACCAAACAUGUCAACAUGGAUUCCAUAGCGCUAAGCAUUUUGCCCUCAGGUAAGCACCCCUUCCCCAGAUUCAAUAAAAAUCUUGUUUGGAAAAGGAGUUUUUAACAAUGUGUUGUUAACUUGGACAUGACACAUUAACAACUUCGUCGCUCAGUGGAGAUGGGUGGCCGGGAUGUCCAGGGGCUUCCACCUCACAGCCAGCCCCUAGACAGAGUUACGCCCCCAUGGUUGGCAAACCCGCGCCCUCCAGCCAUGAGCCCCAACGCCAAUGGAACCAGGCACCCGUCACACUGAUUUAACAGUCGAAGAAUUAAGGGGGGAUGGGGGUAAAAGAAUGAUCCAAAGGCUAAACGAAGAGAAUGGCCGACACAAAAACACUGUACUGAGCACAUGGAGGUGAUGCAAGCAAGGCUGACCGCGCUUGAGCCAAACGACUGACCGCUGACCACGCUCGCGCUCCUUGUUGUUAACUGUGUUAAAUAUUUAUUUAACAUCAUUUAAUACCCUAUUAAUUUGUGAUGCUUAAUUUAAUCAUGGGAUCAGUGACUUCUUCACUCUUAGAUGACAUCCUUUUAUUGAGAACUGAUGCACAUAAAUUUCAAUAGCUAGUAUUUUCAUAUAAUGAGGUGUUGAAUUGGCUUUAUCCACAGCCUUUGACCACAAUCCUAGCAUUUCAUUGGAGAUUUCUCUUUGUCUGAAUAUCUUGGUGGAUCUGAAAGUCUUAUCACGGGAAUGCCUCAGGAAGUGAGAAUUUUUUUCUGAUUUAUUUAUUUGUUCAUCUGAUUUUAAAAAUUUUGGGCACUCAACAUGACCAAAUAUUAAUGUAUUAUGAUACAUUUUGUCUAUUCUGUGUCUUAUUUGUAUUUUUGAUCCCAGAGAGCAUUGCUGUUAUUUAAAGUUCACCAAGGUCAAAAUAUGCUUUAUUUUGGAUAAAAUGUUUCAAACACAAAUAUUCUAAAUUUCAUGAGGUGCCUCUGUUCUUUUUCAUGUUGAUGUACUGUCAAUACAUUCACUAGACUUAACUUCCUAAACUUUAGCAUAAGAUUGCUUAAAAAAAAAAGAACAGUAAACAUUUUGCUAGUGACGAUAGAACUUAAACCAGGUUUUUUUACAGGGUUAUUAUUGUCAUGCUGUUUCUCAUUUUUGUCCAAACUCAUUUCUGGUCCUCAGUUGUGCUGUGUUGUUGAAAAUAAUAUUUUUAUCAUGUCACUGCUAGAUUUUUUGAGGAUUGUGCUAUCCGUUUGAUGGAUGUGACCAAGGAUGUCCGCGAUAGCUAUCAGCAGCUCAUCAAAGCUCUGCCAACAGACCUUUUAACAAGGUUUGUACCAAUGUUCAUUUUAGGUCUAUAGCAUAAAUUGAUGUUUUCUACUUUUAAUUAUUCUAUGGUGCUGCAGUGCUUAAUUAUUUUGCAUUUAGUGUUUAAAUAAAAGUAAGUAGUGAGUCCUUUUCCCUUUUCAUAUGCCUUGAUGCUACCAAAUUUGUAUUGCUAAGUGUUUUUACCCUGAUAGAGACGAUCUGCUAGAAAAUUAUUUAUUCAAAAUCACGGCCCAAGAUUGCAAAAAGUCCACCUUCGGUUGACGUGCGUCGCUCAAAAGCAUUGUUUCUUAGACUCCCUAUUUCUGUGUCUGAAACCUAGGUUCUUCUACAUAAAUUACAUUAAGACUUUCUUUCACUGCAGUUCCCUUCAUGAGAGCCUCUUUGAAUCCAGAAGAAGUCAAGGACGAGGGAAUGGUGUUCACGUUGGGAAACCCUUGAUUAGCAGCUGCACUGAUGUGUGGCUGGCUCGUAAAGGCCAUGCUAUCAAGGCUCCGACUGGCUCGUUUCAUUCUCACGAUUUCCAAAUGGUGAUGGGAUUUAUUUUGUCUGGUGUAUUUCCAAGGUAGCAUGUGAUUGGAGUUUAUUCAUAGUUUAGCCAUAGUUUUGUUGUAACUGUUUGAUCUCACGUCUUGCUGAAAAUAUUGCAUUAUUGCAUUUCUUUGCGCCUUUCAAACACAGUUUAUUGGAGAAAUGUCUGUUAUUGUAGUGACAACAAUAUUAAAUAUCCCUUUAGAUUCCUACUUGAAAAUUGUUCAUUUAGAAGAGAAAGUUUUUUUUGAGAAGAUUUCCCUGUUAAAAAAAGAUUAAAGAUGUAUGUUACAAAGUCAAGGAGAACUAAUAUGACCUUCUCUAAGUCUACUUGGUUAUUUUUAUUUAUUUUCUUGCAGCAAAGACCUGAAUGUAGACUGGUUAACAAGGCUGUUUCACAGCUGUAACAGAGUUCAGAAAUAUACAGAAACAGAGAUGACUCAGGUAAGCACGUGUAGUUGUACAGGGAAGUUACGGCAUUUCUUUCCUCAGGCUCAUUCAAACUGACCCAUACCUAUUACAAAACAACUGUUAGUAGAAACCCUCUAAGCUUAAAAACUGCAGUCAGGGCUUACUUUGUUUUAAACAGCCUAAAACUGGCUUUCUUUCAUUUAUUUUUUGAUUCUAACCCUAACUAAAGUAACUGACAUCUAUUGCUUCCCUAUCCCUGUAUCAAACAUAAACUUUUGAGAAUAUAAGAAUUCAUCUCUGAAGGUAAUGUUUUGGCUUUUGAGAGUGUCCUCAUUAGUUUCACACAGAGAAAGAACAUGGUGGAUAUUAGCACUUAAAGUGUCCAAAAAAUUUGAUGUAGUUUUUCUGUUUAGUUUAACAGAUGUGAAUCUUUGCUUUGGUUCUGGGCAACAUGGGAAGCUGCUCAGUUUUGUCUUUUGUCACGAUUGCGUACUCCUCUUGGAAGAGCACAAGAAACAUUUCAAGCAAUUGAAGGUAGUGCUAUACCCAUAUUCAGUCUAUUCACUUACCUUGCCAAAAUUAUAGAGGAUUAUAUAGAGGAUAUUACAUGGCCGCGUGGAGAUACAAAAUGUCUCUUCGAGUGUUGAAACACAAGAAGAGAAAUUUCGUAUCUCCAAGCGGCCAUGUAAUAUUCUAUUUAUUAUAUAAACACCAAUGAACUACCGAACCAUUUCACUUAAAUAGUUUUUUGGUGUGAAAGGCACGAUUUAUUAUGUAACCGUAGCAACGGUGAUAUUUUCACAUGUGAAGAUACCAAGUUUUCGCGCAAAAGCUCACUUGGUAUUUCAUUGGUGUUUAUAUGAUAAAGUGAUUUAUUUGCUGAAUGUAAAACUUAAAAAUAGAUAUUUUUUUAAACUUCAGGUGCCCUGCAGAAGUUUGUAAAUGGUGCAAAUGGAGAAGAAGAAAGAAAACCGGUAAUUGCAAAACAUGAAGAACCGAGUCCUAUGGAAGAAGAAGAAUGUGAAACAGGUAAUGUAUGACUAGUAUAGACCUGUUGUAACUGUAACGCAUUAUAAAAUUACAUCUUUGUACCCUUAAAAAGGAGGAACAUCACUUUAAUGUUGUUAUGCUUAUUGUGGUGAUGAUGAUGUUGUUAUCAUAGCUGUAAUUCUUGCUUCAUAGCUAAAGCUGAUGAUUUUUGUAAGUUGGAGUGUUGUCAGAAUUAAUUUUACAGUUUAUGAAGGUUCGCGAGUUCAGUUGAGAAUUCUACUGCUAGUCAAUCCUAUUUUUGGGAUUAGGCUUAUUCUGACAGUACCCAGAGCCUAGGUCCACGAUAUAAAGGACAUAAAGUUUAUAUUUAUGGAUGAUCAUUUUUGUGUUAUUUCUCUAAGCUUUGAGUUCAAGAAUCCAAUAAAUAAUUUACAGUGCAACUACUAUAACUGGGGCCACCUUAUUGUUGUUGUUGUUGUUGUUGUUGUUUUUAUGAGCUGCUGAUUGGCCCACAACCAACUUUCCUGGAAUGUAUUGUUAUUUUCCUGUAAUCCUUUUGGUCAACUUUGUUUAAGUUGCCCCAGUUACAGUAGUUGCACUGUAAUAACCUGGGGAAAUAUUCUUGUUGUGAUGCAGGUAAAAUAUUUGUUUCUGUAAUAGGCAAUACACAUCUGUAGUAUUCCAAAUAUAAACCAUGCUAUUUUCAAGUCCCUAUAAACCUCUAAAAGGGUCCCCCAAAAAGUUAAGCCCUGAGUGCUUAUUUUUGGAAUUUUUCAAGGAGAUAAAAUCUCUGUAGUUUUAUGUUAAUUUAUCAAAUCGAAUAAUGAUUUAAGUCACCAGGUUUUUUGAGUGGAAGGGGUCUAACUUUCAAUAUACAUUUUUCUUUGUUAGCUGCUGGGUCUAAGCCUUACAUGAAGCAGCUCCAGUGUGUUUUACUGCUGCAGUUUAUAGAGAACUUAGAAAAACUGAUGUACAAUGGCUAUGAAGGAUGUGUAGUUGGUCUUCCUUCACCACCUAAGGUACAAGAACGGUCAUCUCUUUAAAAAUAGCUUAUUUUUGAUCCAAAAGCCAGAAGUCAAAGGUUUUACCAUGUUUGCAAAUGAAAAAAAACACUUAAGCAGAAACUUAAGAAUUUCUAAUUGGUUAAGUGAUAGUACUGAUGUCAUUGCACUAUUUAUAUUGACUGCUGACAGGGUGUUACAUAUUUUUUCCUACACUUCCUGCUUGUAGGCUUCUAGUUACUUGCAGAGUUGCUAUGGAUACCUCCUUCCCCAUGCCUACCCCAGCAUGUUUAGCCCAAGCAGGAGGUUGCGGAUUCAAACCGUGGCUGGACCAACACUCACUGUCUUAUUAUAACUAAAGAAAAUUCAAUGCCUUUGUUAUGACAUCUAAAAUGGUUAGACAUUACUCCAGUCUUCUUGGAUAAGGAGGGGAGAGCUAGUACCAGGGAUAUUUCUCAUGCAGUGAGGGAAAUAUCCUGUAUGUCCUGGUGUUUGUAAUUUCUUAACUUGAUACUAUCAUGUUUUACAGGCUGUUCGGGCAUUUUUCCGCACAAAUCGAGGCACAUGUCUUGAGUGGCUCACAAGAGUUCAUAAACCAGUGAUGAGAAUUGGUUUAGCUUGUGGCUGUCCUGCCACAACUGUUUGGCAUGGAUUUCAAACUCUUCUAGAAAUGAAGACAGCAGAGAAGACCCAAGUAAGUUAUUCAAUUUUUGCUUUGAGCUUUGAUUAUGCUUUAAAGGAAAACACGUUAUGGUUGAGGCAAGUCAUUUGGCAGAUUUAGCAGAGACAAAACAAUGAGUAAUAUCUAUCAUAAGGCAAUGAGUAAUAUCUAUCAUUAGAUCUGCACGUGCAGUUGUCACUGUCAUCACAUUUUCUUUGCUAAAUCUGCUCAGUGAAGGAAGAGCAAUGGCAUCCUCUCCUGAUAUCCUGGGAAAGGUUAUGUUUGUUACUGGUCAAAUUGGACUUCCAGGAUACUUUUGAUUUAAUCUGGGUUAAUCUCCUCUGUGAAAUUGAGAAUCAACUUUAGUUAAGUCAAAAUAAGGCUGAAAUCAGGUCUCACCUUCAACAUAUACAUAAACUCGGCAACCUCUAGUUCCUUUGAUAUGUAACUCUAUACCUUGCUACCCAAUUAAUUUUUGCUGUAAUUUUUACUUUUGUAAUCCUGUUUUUACUUCAUUUUAUUGUAUUAAUUAAAGCAAGACACUUACUCUAAAUUAACUGGGUCCAGUUCCUUCAACGAUUGUUUAGUUUAGCAAGGUUUUUUCUGAACCAAAUUUUGUUCCUUCAUUAGUGCUAUUCGGCCUUUGAUGGACCUGGCCCAGAUUUUUAUCCUAUCCAAACUUGUCUUGUGUUAGAGAACUUUACCAUGGGAUGUAAGCUAUAAAUGUGUUUGAUUUCAGGGUGAAGAGUUUGACAGAGCUGUUCAACAAACAGCUGAAGCCUUGUGUGAACUGAAGAGUGCCCAUGCAGUUGCGGGUUUGAUGGCCUGGUGUGAACAGGUUUCUGGUCAGAUAUACUCCUGGAUGAAUGGUACUGUUAUGAAAGCAAAGGGCUGGUAAGUUUUGAGUUCUAAAGGACAGGAAUGUUCCCUAGUAUAUGUUAUGUAAAAUUUUUCUUUGCACAAUAUUUCCCUUUUCAGCUGCACAUAGCAGUAUAGGCCAAGCUUUAAGUGACAAAAUAUUUUGUUGAUUAAAACAUCAUUAAUAAAUUAUUUAAGUGCCAAAAUUCAUUCUUCCUCCUGGAAUAUCAUAUUUGUUUAUUCUAGGUAUGAAUCAUCUCUGACUGAAUACAAGUCAUCUUUGGAAGAGACAAUGAAAGCUGUGGCAGAGAGAAGUCAAAAUAAGGAAAACAAAUCAAGUGAAACAACAACAUCUGCUUCUGCUGCUGCCACCUUUCUUGUUAAUGAGGUAUAGUGUAGUUUUUCUGGUUAGUAACAUCUGCAAAGCAGCACCGAUAUCCUUUCUCUUGGCCCCCAACGGACUCAACGAAUUUUCCUACAACAUGACUAGCAAAUUGAUAAUGGCUUUCUUAACAGGCCAAUCCUAGCACAUGGUACACAGGUGGGGUCAUGGAACAAGGAUUUAGGUGCUGUUUUGUGGGUGGACUUAGCCAUAAGUUAAGUUCUGUCUGUGCUGCAGGCUAUAGUUCAGUGGUAAAAAUUAGCUGACCAGGCUCGACAUUCACCCCUUAUCACUAUUUGCUACUGCACUGAUCCCAGCUGUGUGCCAGGCAUCUCCUGUAGCCCAGUGGUGGGAAUGCCCAACCAGCGCCUGGGAGUCAGUGGGUUACUUCUGACAUGGCGGAUAUUUUUUAAUCUUCGUCAACUUUUUUUUCACAAUCGGAAAUGAACAAUGUCACUUUCAGUCAGUUCAAGCGCUUUAUUGCUUUUAUUUCAAUGUUAUCCUGUAUGUGAAUUGUUAUGUAAUCCUCCUACAUCCUCAGGGAAAGCAUUGCUUGAUAACCUAUUGUGCAUUCCAAAAGUUAGAAUCGGCCAGCCAGACCAGUAAUUUUGAAAGUGAAAUAGUUUUUGCUGAAAAAAACCAUCAAUUCCUUGCAUGUUACACGUAUGUAGGAAUUGACUGAUUCGGCUGGACAGUUUUGAGUGAAAGUGAAAUUCCCAACAGAAGAGGUCUGGUCGGCCAGUUCUGAAAAAUGGAAGCAGUGAAAGAGUCCCAAGAGCACUCUCAAGAUAUGAACUGCAACAUUUCUUUGACUUGUAAUUAUUGUUUUUAUGGUGGAGAACUUUACUUUCCUAUCUGAUAUGCUUUUUUUCUCUGUUUCAGGUUACAGACUGUUACAUGAAGUUGUCGUCAUGGAGUGAAGUGGCGGAGUGGCAGAAACAUGUUGGUAGCCUCAGGAAGCAGUGUUCGGAUCCUAACAUUCAGCAUGCUCUUAUGGCUAACAUUGAUAUGAACUAUGUCAAGUAAGUCAUCACUGUUCAGUAAUAGAUGUUGUGGUUCAAUUUUUAUUUUCUUUUGCUUUGGGGUUUUUUAAUGUAUGAUAAUGAGUUUGAAACAAAGUAAAAUAAAAAUUAAACCAAGGAUAGAAUUGAACCACAGCACAGAUUCUUGCUUAUUCUUUUGUUUGUAACUUGUUAAUCUGUGUCCGUGAAACCACGACUGUCAGUGUAUAAGGAGGCCUUACAUUUUCUUCCGGUGUCUGUGUUAAUACAAUCACUAGUAAGGAGAUAGACAAUGAAAAAGGAAGUUGUCAUGUGUAUAAGGACACAGAAAACCACUAUCCAACCAACUUAGACCUCUUUUUAUCAACCUCUACAGCGUGCAAAGAAAGUAGUGUCCGAUAGCCCGGGGCUAGUGGAUUUUGCUAUCGGGCUAGUGAAUUCUGUUUUUAACUUGCCCAACGCUCGAGUGAUAUUUUUUUAGGAAUUCAAAUAACAGAAGAACUGUAAUCAAUCCUGCUCAUCAAAUUUUUUUUGGGCUAGUUGAAAUGACUUUCGGGCUAGUACAUGUUAGCUACAGCUUGCCCAAAUGGCAAGCUGUAAAACUGACUUUCUUUGCACCCUGCUCUAUAAAAAAAAAUCAUAAGGUAAUAAGGACAUGUUUUCUUUACUUAAGCUUCUGUCAUUAAUCUUUUCUUAGGGCACUGAGCAAGUUUGAGGAAUCUGACUUUCCUUCAGUCCGCAACCAUCUUAAGCUGAUUCCAGGAGCAGCACUGAACUCUUUGACUGAGAAUCUGACCAAAUCUGCUUGGUCAGUUAAGUUAAAUCAUCCUGACAUGACUUUCACUCCAGUCUGGGAUCCAGAAAAGAUUGAGCAAACAGCUGAGCUGUCACUGAUUCAAGCAGAGACAUUGUUCUUCACUUCUGGGUCUCCAAAAGCUAAGUCAAAGGACAAUAACACAAAAGAUCAGAAAAUCAUGUAAGUGAGGGGUACAGUUUACAGUUGUUAAUAGUGCCUUACUUUAGAAAACCUGUUUAAGAUGUGUAAUCAGCUUGUCACGAGCCUGGAACAAAGAAAACACUUCCCAACAGGAUUCAAACCUAUGAUAUCCCAAAACAAUGCAAAGAAUAGUUGGCCAAAAGAAAGCAAUGUUGGCGAUGUGUCAGCUAGGGGUAUUAGGAAAGAUGGUGGAGAAUGACCAGUUGAAGUUACAGAGAAAGGCAAUCCACUAAGUUCUUGGUUAAACGCGUCAAAAUAAGCAGCAGUUAAAGGACUUUCUGAAUAACAUCUACCCAUUAGGGGAAAGCAUGUUUACUAAAUCUUGAAUGAAAUGUUUGCAAAGUGAGCUGUGAAUGUGUUGCAGAUUAGAGGAAAGCAACCUGUCCUCUUUACAUCAUAUGUUUACAGUAAAUCUGGGACAUCAGCAUAGAGGGCCCACUGGCAGCUGCUAUCAGUGCAAACCAGCUGUUCAGCACACCUUCAUGAGCUGGUGGAGUGGCGCUGUGUCUGUGUGUUCCAGGUUCGUAUUAAUAUGACUGUGCAAUAAAAUGACUUUCGGUUAUUUUUCUUUGCAGUCAAGCCAUAAAGGAGUGUGUUCAUCAUGCAACAUCGCUGAGCGAGGGUGUGCUUCGAGUUGGGACUUUAGGGUGGCCUUUAGACGUACCAGCAUCUCACAUAUCUCAGUUGCAGUUUGCGGCUACAUUGGAAAAAAUCAUGGAUACUGCUAAUCAUCAGGUAUCUGCUUGAGGAUGAUAAUUAAUUUUACGAAUGAUUAAAACCUGACUCAAGUUUGGACAAGACGUAUUUCGGCAUGAAUGCAAUUUAAAAGUAUGCAUCAUUUUUCGAGAACAAAGAGCCAGUUGUGAGCAGUUUUGUUUCUGCAAGAAAGCAAAGACCAACUUACUGAUGAUGUCUGCAGUGGCCAUUAUAUUGUCUUUUAAUUUUCUGAAAUGGUUCUGGUAACUUGUGCAGCUUCUGAACGAGAUGUUUUCUGAUCAUUUACCAGUCAUACAUUGUAUAGAUUUGUAAUGUUCUGAAGAAAAUGUCCAUUAACCUCAGUGACGUUCUUGUAAGUUAGUAAUAAAUAGCUGGCCCUUGUUGCUGUGGUAAUGAGUUUUAACUUAUUAGCAUUUUUUAACAUGAUGCUUUCACUUCCCUUCAGGAGCUUGGUUUCCUAUCAUUUCUGCAAGGAGAUGGAACUUUUACUGUAGAACACACUCAACAUGACUGUGGAGCCAUGAUCAAAGCACUGAGGCUCUGUAGAAACCUUAACUAUGUGGCAUCUUCCGUGGGAAAACAUCAAAAUAAUCUGAAAAGUGAACUGAUUUCACUGCAGCUGGCUACAGCACAGUUAGCAAGGAAGCACCAUAAUUUUAGUCUUGCCCAAAGGCUUUUAGUGAAACAGAUAUCUUUGCUGGGAAAUCCUGUGAAAAUUUCUCAAGAUAUGAACUGCAGCAAGAAAUCAAUUCUGGAGCCAUUGAUGGAGAGCUUAAAUGAUGCAUCUAUGGCCUCAGCAAAACCAGUUGAUGUUAUGCAAAUACAGCGGGAGUGUGCAAAGUUAGCUCUUGCUUUAGGUCAAAACUCAGAGGCUGUCUUUUUCCUGUCGGACAGCAUUUCUCAGUACUCAAACUUAGGUGACAUAGACUCAAAUGUUGGUGAGCUGAACUCGAGGUCAUUACUCACACUUGCCAAGUGGUUGCUUAAUGACCGCAAAUUGCUCACUGCAGUCACAAAGAUAAAUGGAAAUGGUCUUUCUCUGGCCAUGAAAAUGAAUUCACUGUGCGAACUGGAAGCCAGUUAUGUCAGUUUAGGUCAUAGCACCCUCAUUCCUACACAGGAUGAGGCACCAGAAAGUUCUUUGAAUUGUAACGCUGUCCCCAGUGUGGCUUGUGGCAUAUCUGAUGCAGAGGCCGUUUGUGGACAGCUUCUACACUUAGCUACUAUGCAGGCACCAGAUUUGGGCAAGGCAUGGUUUAAUUUAGCAGGAUGGUGUUACAGAUGGGGAAGAAAGACUGUUGAACAAGCUAGGUAUGUGGAAACGAUAAAUUGUUAUAAUUAUGAUAAUGCUGCCUUUUACAAUGUAGUGUAAUAAAAUAAAUAAUUCCAUUAUUUACCUUCCGCAGUAUCUAUAGCACUUAUGCUAGUGGGGCCGAGCAAGUGCCUGAAACAAACAAUUCAAAUUGAACUGACUUAACAGGGUUAAGAAUCCCAACUGGCCGGGGGCAAACCAGCUGGCUAUUUCCAGGUGUGGCCAAGGAUUUGAACUCGGGACUACCGUGAACAAAUCCAACUAGUGGUCAGAACAGGACUUGAACUCGGGACCUCCACAUUGCAAGUCCGGCGCUCUAGCUGCUCGGCCACGCUGCCUGUGUGUGUCACCUUCAUUGGAUAAAGACUAAACCUGAGUCUCUGACAAAACUCAUUCUUGUGAAGUAAUGAACACAUCAUCAUUCUUAAAUCACCACUGAUCUUACAUCUUUUCUUCUGAAUGAUUUUUUGCUUUUAGCUCAAUGGGAAAUGUUGACCUACUACCGAAGGAGAAAGAAACAGUGCAUGAGAAUCUUCCUCAGGUAACUAGAAGGAGUCAUGUUGGGUGAUGAAGUCAAUGUAGUCAAUACAGUGGUUGAGUAAUUGAAGUUAAUGAAGUUUGGGUAAUCAGGAUAGUAGACAGGGUAGUCAGGUCUGCUUAACAGAACCUAACCACUGGAAGGAACAAGGCAGCAAGGAGGGUCGUGUUGGUUGGUGUAACCAGUAUAGUCAGCUUAGUCACUGUGUUCAAGUACUUGUAGUUUCCCAAAAUCUUGGUUCCUUAAUAAAGUGGAACAGCAAAUCCCUCCCUCCCCCGCCCCCUCUGGAAAUUGUAAAAGGAUUUGAUACGAGUAGAACUGAGAACACAGCACUUUAAUCACUACAAGACGGACUAAUCUAUUCUGGUACAGAAGCUACGCAUGUGUUAAACCCGGAGCGGUUCAGACUGGUUUUUGAAUUAUCCACUUCAUAUAUAACAGCAUGAACUGUCAACUACGCAGUCAAGAAAGAAGCGACCUAAAAGGCAAACACGCCAUUUUCCUGCCAACUUUGAUUUAGGGAAAGGUGAUCUAAAUUUUCCGUUUGUUUUGUCCAAGAUUGUACCAGGUGUAGUCAGAUAGACAACUGCAUCACUUGUAAAUGAAGUACUGUACAUUCAACUUACACUAAGUUACAAGGCUGUGCUCAGUAAAGUGUCGCAAGGAUCCCAGAGUCUUUGUUGUUUGAAAUCCUUAGUUAAGUGCCCACCAGUAGAGUUAUAUGCUUUUAGUUAAAGUAAUUUCUUAUAGCCACCUAAAGGAAACGUUAGGAACCCAAGUCCCUCAGCACUGUUAAUGACAGUCCUUGUACUUAUAUACUACUCUCACAUUGGUAAGAAUAGGCCAUUUGCACUAAGAGGUCAUGUGAUAUCGUUUUUAUGAAGAUGAAAGUUAUAUGAUUUUUCCUUGGAAAAACGAUUAGUGGGUCAUAUCUUAAACAAAAUAAUAAUUUGGUUUUUCAAACCCGCACCGUUUUCUUAAAAUAAGUAAGUUCGUAGCUGGUCACGUGACUAAAAUAUGAUUUUUAAAAUAAUGAAUUUUCUCUUUCUGAACACAAAUUUUGCACUAAAACUUCAAGGAAAAUGUUGAAAGGUUGAUGUAGUAACGUUUACAGCACAUCUGAGGGAAACUAUCAAAGGUUUAACAAGAUAUAAGCAAAAAGUAGUUUUGGCCACCAUGUUGGAGGGCAAGAGUAUGCCCUCCAACAUGGUGGCCUACACAAAUCAUACUACUUUGUUGAAAAAUCAAAGUGCCAUAAAAUAUCCCCCUUAAAUGCUUUUCCUCUCAAACUUUGGUUGUAAGAUAAUUUUUAUGUGCUCUAUCAAUUUUUGGCAUCAGCAAGAUUCCAGCUCGAUUUUUUAUGGAAGCAUUGGUCAUGUGACCUCUUAGUGCAAGUCGCCUAUUCAACAAAUACCCUCUUACCAGUAUUAUUUCAUCAGUACAUUUACACACAAAAUAUUUCUUCUUCUCGUGUCCUCCAGACUGCCCGCCCUGCUGAGGUAGAGUCAGUUUUGCUAGUACUGGGUCAGGUGCAUGUCACUGCAUAUUUCAACCAGGAAGAGGAUAUUGGAGAAGAGGACCAGGUAAUCUGUCUGCCUUUCAUUGUCUUCAGUGUAUUCCUCACUCCAUCAGAUACCCAGUAAAUAACUUGUGUGACCUGCUGUGCCUUGCUCAUUGAACUUGGGUAUUUAAGUUAUUCUGUAUCAGUAUUCCACCUGAUUACUUUUUCAUCUCCUUUUAAAUGCAUGUUAAUUAGUAAUGCGGGCAACAUCUGUCAAAGGUCAGAUUGCUUUUACUCCAAUGCUGUGCUUUGCAUAAGUUUCAUGUUACAGAUGGUCGAAACACUUAUGAUCAGAUUGUGAGUGAUAGAGGAUGCAAACAUGCGUGAUCAGAUUCCAUUUCAUGCACCCCUUUUAUUUUCAGUGGAAGUCCAAACGAAGCUAGUCUGCUACGCUCCUCCCCACUAGUGGUGAGGAGCAUUGCGUGACGACACUAAAAACGGCUGUGUAGCAGACUAAAACGAAGCUGGUUUCAUAUGCAUGAUAGCAACAUGAAGAUUAGGAUGGUGGGCUUCUCUUGUCUGCCACAAUUAACAAUCACUUUAACUUAUCUACUUUUUCUCUGCAGCUGUAUGACGAUGGAGUAGAAAACACUAGAAAGCAACUUUUAACAGUCUGCCCAGGAUUACAGGAUACCAAACCUCAGCUAAUGGAUAAUCUGCUAUCUAUGUGGAGAGGUGUUCGGGACAGACUUUUUAAACACUACCACUUUGCUGCUAAGGCCUACUUCAUGUAUCUCAGAAUGGGGACCGAGGUAUGUAGAUCCUUAAUUGCUCCAAGUUGUGUAGAUUCUACACGUGAUCUGUUUGUAGACUGUUUUUGUCAAUUUUGUGUUUAGACACCACAGUCUCUUCUGAAUACGUUCAAAAGAUAUUUCAAGAACCUAACCAGGAAAUGACUGUUGCAAAAAAGAGCUUUACAUGAAAUUUUAUAAUGGUAACAUUAGGAAACUGUUGCAUAAUUUUCCUGAUGUUCGAGUGCUUUGAUUGAAUUUUGUCUUGCAACUUCCCUUAAAAAAAUUAUUUUUCGGAAUUGACCUUGCCAAUUGAUUUUCGAAUUUUCUUAGAAUUGUGAUAAAUCAUCUGGUGCCGGAAAGGAUGAAAUUGUGAACAAAACCUGUUCUAAGAGAAGUGAUGAUGAUAGUAAUGUGACAGCGACCUUGAGAUUGCUUCGUCUUGUUGUCAAACACGCUGGUGAACUCCGCAGUGAGCUGGAGAAAGGUCUAGUUAACACUCCUACAAGGCCCUGGAAAGGUAGAAACAAUCUUUUCAUUUAUUCAUUUUCACUGCUAUUAUUGCACGCCUACUUCUUACCUUAGAAAGGUAUGAAAUAAUCUCUGAUUAUUUUUUGUGUUGCUAAAAUUGUACACUUUCUAGUUUUUUUUAAGAUUAAUGCUGUGGAAGGUAAUGGCGGUGUUUUAUUAUUUAAAUUUGAGCAGCUUCAGUUACUCAGGACAAAUAACAGUAAUUAUAAACUCAUCAAAAUUAUAUUUUAACACACAGUCUUGCCGUUAAUGGUAGGCAUAUGUAGUCACUGACUCACUGAUGAACACCUACCAUAAACUGCCGCUUUUAAGCCAUGGGCCCGCUUAUAAGCAGAAAGGCUUACAUCCUAGGGGGUUUAUAACCGGGCUAGAAAAAGCUCUUUGAAACGAGCUAUAGCAUUGCUGAUUAGAAAAUCGAAUUCAUUUCAAUACAAGCGAGAGGGGGGUUUAUAAGGGGGGCUUAUUAUCGAAUGUAUUUUUUGUUUACAAGAACUGGGGGACUUAUGAGGGGCAGUCUAUGUUGCUAGGCAUUUUGUAGCCUGUGUACAGACCUCCCUUCCCUCAGCUAAAAUCGUUUUUUCCCCGAGGGGGGGGGGGUGGGGUCUGUACACGGGCUAGACACUUUGGUGCAAUAUUGUGUCAAAUUUUUGGGUUUUUUACUCGAAUUUGUAUAUUACUUCAGACGUUCUAUUUCUUAAAAUUUAAUACACAUUUUUCAAACUGCCUUGGUUCCUGACAGACAUCACCCCUCAGCUGUUUUCACGACUGAACCACCCAGAAAGCUACGUGCGACAGAGCGUUUCCGAGUUACUGUGUCGUGUUGGACAAGAUGCUCCACAUUUGAUUGUUUACCCUGCAGUUGUUGGCUGUUCCACAUCUCUUCCAAAAUACCUUCUAAAUAAAGGCAAAGAGGGCGAAGGUAGGGAGAACUGCCAUUAGCACACAUCAUGAUAGCAUGUUCAAGGAUUUCACAUGGUGAAGUGUAAUGCAAAGUUUAGAAGCAGAGAAAAAUUAAGGUGUUCCGUCCUCACAAUCUGACACCUGGGACAGGCUUAUCAUGUUCAAUUUAGUGAAUUUCUCAAAACUUGAAGGAUGCCUUCAUUGCUUGUCAUUUUUUACAUAAUUACCAUAAUUACCUUGCAGAGUGCUGUUGCAUUUAUACUAUUUGGUGCAGCGCACAGUGCAUCAAGAACGUAAUAAAACUUAGUUUUAAUAACUUUGCCCCUUUCCAAUUUCAAAUAACCUACAUUAAAAGUAACCGCAAUUUCAACCAUGUUAGCAUGUCAGCAUUAACCACAUCAAAAUCUUUAAGCAGCGCGUUUUUGCGUUAGGAUGCGGCGCUUAUUCCAGGACGGCGCUCUUUCAAGAAAUAUGUUAAUGGCUUAAUUUUUACGUUUAGUGAAGCUAGCCUAAAGAGAGAAGUCUCAGUCGUGGAGAAACAACAGCUGAGUGUAUGUUAUGUUGUGAACUGUGUGUGUUUACUCCCCUACUCAUCAUGGACACUUUAAAAGAAAAUUUAACGCAACAAGGACAAACCCCAUUUACUCUGGAGGGUUGAUUAUGAAUUUUGAGUCCAUGAAUCAGGAAUUAUUCAGUAAAAAGGACAUUUGACUCGUCCCAUAUAAGGGAAUCCAAGCCAGUCUUAGAUUCUGGAUUCCAUGCUGUUGGUUCAGGAUUCCAGGCAUUGGAUUCCUGAUUUUUGGUAAGUGGAACUUGGAUUCCGGAUUCCAAUAGUUAGUGGGUCCCGGAUUCCUUGAGCAGUAUUCCAUAUUCCAAAGCCCAGGAUUCCAGAUUCCACGAGGAAAAAAAUUCGAGGAAUCUGGAUCCCCUUAUAUGGGGCGAAUUGUGAUCUUUAGUGUUUUCUACAGGUAUUCUGCCACUUCUUGUGUCAAACCCCACUGACUCGUCAGAAAGCAGUCAAAGUCAGUGCAGUCAAUCAUGUGACACUCCCAACAAAACAGAAAGCGAUGCCCUAACCAGCUGUUACCAGACUAUAGUGGAGUCUAUCAGAACACACAACCCUCAGCUGAUCUCUGAACUGCAGGGAUUUAUCAUGGAAUUACGGAGGAUCACUCUGUUGUGGGAAGAGUUGUGGCAUGGCUCACUCAUGCAAACUCACCAUGAUGUUACACGAAGACAACAGCAACUGGAGGAAGAGAUAAAUCGAGUCAACAGUAACCAGAAUUUGACAAGUCAGCAAAAGGCUACGCUGAUCAGAGAGAAGCAUAUUGCUAUUAUGAAACCAGUAAGUGUUGACGUAAACGAUCAUGAGACUGGUGAAAAUGUGUGAUAUGUUCCUGGGAUAUCUCAUAUUAACCCUUUGGAGCAUUAUACGUUUCUGGGAAACUGCCCACCUACCCCUCCCGUAAGCCAACAUUUUGCCCUAAGUGAGAAGGAAGUGUGAAUGUUGGCUUAGGGAAGGGGUAGGUGGGCCGUUUCCCAGAAACGGGGAUCAUUACACGUUUUCGUCCUUUUAGCCCACACUGUCCAUAUCCAUUUAAUUGACCUGCUAUUUCAAAUCUGGAUCAAGUGGAAUAUAUUCCAACACUCCUUUUUAAACUAAAGCUCACACUUGCCUUCACAUCAAUUGAUUUCCAAAAGUUACGGUCCAAGUUUGUCAUUUAAGACUAUAUUUAAGCGCUGAAACUGUUUCCUGUCGUCUGUUACAAAGGAUGGCAAGGGUGGACAUGUAUUGUAACGUGAGAAAGUUUGUCCAGCCUUUUGAAGUUGUAGUGCUAUGCCUGCAAGAAUCACCUAAAAAUUAUCUUGGUUAUUGAUCCCUGAUGAAAUUUGUUUGAUCUUCUUCAUAACUCUACAGACGUAUUUUUUUGUUAUAGGUAAUACCUUUAGCUGAGAAUUGACCUAUUCAUGACGUAGCCCCUUUAACAAGGUUUGAUUAUACUAGGCUCAUUCUAAUUCUCUCACUUGAAUAGGUCGUAUUUUCAAUAGAACAAUUGCACAAAAUAACGUGUCAAGAAACUGCCACGCCACACGAGCAGUGGUUCCAGACGACGUACAGUACUGUCAUUCAAGGAGCUCUUGACUCAUUACAGAACCCACCUGAUCCCACUGAUUACAGAUCUAGCUGGGAACCAUUUAAACAGGUAAAUAUCACAAGUGGGUUGUUGAGCAGAGGUGACAAUAGACGGCUAGAAGUCUGUUGACAAACUAAAUAGGUGGGCUCAGAGAGACAGCACAAGACUUGAGUCAAUAGACUAGGACACCAACAUUGUUUUGGAACACUAAUAUGGCCGCCGUGACGUCACUAGUGAACGGUCUAUGGGAAUCAUCUCCAUUGGGUCUCGUUAUGUAUGGCUGUUCAUUCAAUAUGCUCACCAACUCAUUUUUUUCAAGUACUAAGCAGGGUAGCUUCCCACGUAGACAUUCUUUUGGCUCGUCACACAAUCCUCCCCAGCUACUAUCCACUAAAGAAGAAUUAAAGGCUAACGAAGUUCAUGGGGAAGGAACGCGUGACAAAGCCCUAAGAACGUCUGCACGGGAGGCUAUGUUAGAAGUUAAAGUACCCAACAGUUAACCAUAUGCUGCGGAUUACCCUGCGUUUCAUGAAACUCCACCAUUCUAAGGAUGGGGUUGUUAAAGAUUUUUUCAAAAUUACUUGCAACGUAGAAGACUAAAAACUAAAAACAAUAUUCUUAUUUUCUCAGCUGCUUCAAGCACUGCAAGCAAGGUCUCAAAAGCGUUCAGCAUUUGUCCUUCGCAUGGAUGAGAUUAGCCCUUCAUUAGCCAGGUUGAAACAUUCAGCAGUGUACAUGCCAGGCCAGACGCAUUUCAGUGGAAAGGUAGUUCAGCACGUCUGUUACUCUAAACAACAUUGAUUAUGAUUGUAUAUUUGGUUUUUACGCCUUAGGUGAAUUUCAAAGUUCAUUCUCAAAAGGAAACUGGAAUGUAAAACCGUUGUGAAUCGUAAUCUGUAAUACAAAAACAAACAACUUGUGAUAUUGACUCUGUCCCCCGGCCUAAAGUUUUAACUGGUCAACGUUUUCUUUCCUUGAAUGCGGCACAAAAUGCAUUUAUUAGUUGAGCACUUCACCUCAAUAGUCAGCAACUAGCUGCAACUGGGAAAUUGCGUUAGCGAAGUUUUGACCGUUUAAGCCCUAGGAGUGAUCAGCCUUAAAUUUCUCCUUGAAAUAUCACUGCUUUGUAAAACAGAGCGGUCAUGAGAAGUGAAGACCAAAUCACACAAGACGAAUCUAAUUGAUACGUCAACAAAUUCUCCCCACGACUUCUAGUGGAAAGGUAUAGGGAUAACAAAUGAGAGUUUGGAUUUUGAUGAUAGGGUCUAAAGGGUUAAGAUAAGGAAAUUAACCACAGCCCGGAUAAGCGGUGAUGGGAGGGUGCGGGUUGAGACUCCAGCCAUACCAACUCUCAACGUCUUAAAAUGACUGAGGAGGAUAUGCUGCCUUUGUUUUGACAUCUAGAAAUAGUCGGUCAUUCUAGUCUUAUCGUAAAAGGAAGAAAACCGUAGGGCCCACUUCGCAAUGAGCUCUUUCACAGUUUUGUUCAUGUUGGACGUAAAAGAACCCUUACUACUGUACGGAAAGAAUAGGUGACGUACAUGUGGUCAACCUUGAACAAGGGUGCGUCUAUGUGUGCAUUGCUGUAGCAGGUCAACAGCACUUUUCAAACUGUUGUAUAUAGCCUACUUUAUCAAAUAACAUAUUUUUCCAAAAAUAUUGAUGAUUAUUAUGUGAAUGAAAAUAACGAUAAUAACGAUGACUGUUUUUACUUUUGAACUGCUGUCCCUUAUCUUACCACAUGAUGAGGACAUACAUUUUUUCUACAGAUUGUAACAAUUGACUCCGUGAUAAACGAAGUUAACAUUCUGCCAACUAAGACCAAACCGAAGAAACUUGUGUUCAUUGGUUCAGAUGGGCAAAGGUAAAAAAAAAACAGGCUAUCCAAGCGUUAUGUCUAGUCUAUUCAAAAAUCUAGUCCUCCAACUAAUCUGUAAUAUUAAUCAACUGGCACACUGUUACUGGCUUGUUUUUAAACGUAUUUGUAGUGUCUGGGAGAGCUUACUGAGGUCCUGGGAGUAAUACAAAAAACACGAGUAUUUUAUCACAUAUCAAGUUAAGAAGAGAGUUGAGAAUGUGACUCAUAGCAGAGUAUUUUUGCUGAAUGUGGAGAUGUUUAAUAUUGUAAUGUAACACUCUGCCUCUUGUUUAGUUCAGUCUAUAUUAUAGAUACACUAUCUAAUGCGUUAUGGUUUCAGUGCUAGGGGAUUUUUCACGUUGGGGCAUAACCCUGCAUAAUAAUUUAAUUGAGUUAUUUAAGGACCGUUUUGUCACUUUGUAGUCAGUAGCAUUGCUGUCCAUUUUAGGUACACAUACUUAUUUAAAGGGCUUGAAGAUCUCCACCUCGAUGAAAGAAUCAUGCAGUUUCUCUCCAUUUGUAACAACAUGUUUGCCAGAGUUGACAGGUAACAUUUUUUGUUCAAUCAAACACUUGUACACCUCAGUCCAAACUUGUGACAUCAUUGCUUUCUUGUAUAUCUCAUGUUGAUUAGCUGUCUUUGCUACGAUUGUAUCCAAAAAAUUGUAAAAGAAGAUCUUGAGAGACCUCUGCAUCCAGAGAACUUGAAACGAAACACUGAGGGCCAGUUAUCAUGAAGUGAAAAGAGUUAAUAAAUUUCCCACCAUUUUGGAAAAAUGGUGUAUGGUACAAAAUGUUAGAGAAUGGGCCCUUUUCACAAAAGCAUCAUUUUACUGCAAAAUUUAGCGAUUUGAGUAAAGUUUUUAAAAAAGUAGUGCUGACUGCAUUACACUAGAAAUUCAAAGCCCAGAAACAUUCUCUUUGUAGCAGUUUUGAAACGAAAGUGCCUUUGAGAAUAGCAGAAUGUAGCCAAUCUUGAACAUUAUACUUACUAAUCAAGAAGACUAAGACCAUUCUACAACUCUGAUAUACCCAUUUUUCUUAGUUAUAACUCUUGCUUGAGCCUGAACCUCUGUGACGUUUGUUGUGUUACAAGGUGCAAAAAAGACACAACAUUCGAUCAACGGUAAAAGAACCUUUAAUCCGCAGAAACGUGUCUCCGUGCCCUCAUUCCAUGAAGCACCGUAUCUCCCUUACACAGGAAUAACACCCUCUAACAGUUUGCAUGUUCGUUUCUGUUUUUAGCCACAGUUCUCCUUUGUUUUGUGCUCGUCAUUACUCCGUCACUCCUCUUGGCCCUCGGUCAGGUCUUAUUCAGUGGGUUGAUGGUGCUGUACCCAUCUUUGCUUUAUUCAAACGCUGGCAACAAAGGGAAGCCCUGGCUGCUGUACUGGUCAAAUCUACACAGGUACUAAAAUUAAAAAAAGGAAUAUAUAACUGAAGUUUGUGUACGGCUUGGCCUACCAAGUCUUGUUACUGGUACAUGUCGACUGACAAACGUCCGGUGAAUUUGUGUGUCAGGUUGUAAUGUCACCUUUCUGGAAUUCCAAGGCAAAGAAUUUGGCUUGAUUCCAGGUUGUUGUGCCAUGUAGUAAGUACAUGGAGCUGAUGCAAGCAAGGCUGGCUGAGCUCAGGCCACCACUUUGACAAGAGACAGCGCUCCUUAUUGGUAACAAUUUGAUAUUUAUUGGAACAUGUUAGUAAGGUAAAGUUUUAUCUCCAUUCCAGGGUGCUAAUCAACCACCCCCUCCGCCAAUGAAGCCAAGUGAACUGUACUACAGCAAAGUCACUCCUGCCUUGAAGGAAAAGGUGACAACUUAUUUCUUUGAUAAGAGAUACAUGUAACAUGCUAUUUAGACAAAAGAUAUAUUUGUGACACCUGGGUGUGCUUUUUUUCAGGGUAUCACUGAUCUGUCCAACAGAAGAGACUGGCCCCUGUCUGUUAUGCGACAAGUAUUGGAGGAGCUUAUGAAGGAAACACCUGGUGACCUCUUGGCCAAGUAAGUUGACAAGUGCCCCACCCUCAUUCGCUGUUUGCUUAGUACAUUUAAAACUUACCUUCUUAGCUAGACUGCAUCUCUAGUGCUAUAAGGAUCUAAUCUUGUUGCCAAAAAAGCAAGCUUUUGUGCGAGCCUUUCUAGAGUGUGAGGGAGAUAUAUCUACUCCAGGAACGUGCAUUCCGCGCACAUUGUAAACAUUGAUUUAAAAUUUUUCUGUCUAUAUGUAGUAUGUGCUGCUCGAAAAAAGUCAACUCAUUGUCCUGAGUUGAAAACAAAAAAGAAAUUUUGCAAACGUACCGUGGUGUUUUACGCAAUAAAGCGUAAUUCAUUGAGAAACCCAUUGCAUUGCAUUAUUCAUCCAGACUGCAUACGUAGAGCAAAAAUUAUAAGACUGCGCGUUGUGUUGUUUAGGGAGCUAUGGUGUUCCAGUACAAGUGCAACUGAGUGGUGGCAGAUGACGCAAAGCUAUGCUCGUUCUACUGCUGUCAUGUCUAUGAUUGGUUACAUUAUUGGCUUGGGAGACAGGCAUUUAGAUAAUAUGCUGGUGGACUUUACUACUGGGGAGGUGAGCAGCCUAACGCCUUUUGGAAAUAAUGUAUAGAGGUUAACAUUUAAUUGGUAAAAGAUGCAUACAGUGAUUCUGAUACCAAUUUUAAGUUCAGUCUGCUGUUUAUUAAUGUCGCACACAAGUAUAAAGACACCAUUCAGCUGGAAGCAAAGGGUGGGAAGAGUACCGACCUUAGCAUCGCAUUAUCGCUACUCGCCAGAUGAGGGAGGUUAGCGAUGCACUAGAAGUAACUGCAACUGAAAGCUGCCAUUGACAAGUCUUCACAUGCUGUCUUUAUGGCUCGUGAGUACAUCCUCCUUUCUCUUCUCCCCACCACUGGGACGUUUUAAGAAAUGUUGCCAGCGACGGGGAGUGAUUGGAGACGUUUGUAUUCGCAGGCUGAUAUUUCUGUUAGUUUGUGAAUAGUAGUCUGCUUAAUUAACAUUGCUUGUACUGUUCUUCUCCUUGUGGCAGUUUCACUCAUUAUAAUUAUUCCAUUAUGCUGGUCAUUAUCCAGAAAUCAGUGACCAGAUAUGCUCAAGAUGUUUGGCUCGUUGAUUUUUCAGGUUGUACAUAUUGAUUAUAACGUGUGCUUUGAGAAGGGGAAGGGAUUGAGAGUUCCUGAGAAAGUUCCCUUCAGGAUGACACCAAACCUGGAGACGGCUUUAGGAGUUACAGGGGUGGAAGGGGUAUUCCGUCUGUCUUGUGAAGAAGUCCUAAAGAUUUUAAAGCAGGGACGCGAGACACUGCUCACUCUUCUAGAGGCUUUUGUUUACGACCCUCUAGUGGACUGGACCACUGCAAAUGACACUGCUUUCGCCAGCGCAUUCUAUGGAGGAGGAGCUCCGGGCGUCGCUGACAACAAAGUGAAUAAGAAGGAGAUGGAGAGAGAUGUGACACAGAGCUUGUUUUCUUCACGUGUGGCUGAGAUGAAGGUUACAUGGACUAACAAUAGGUAAGCACAGUAUAAUCUGUAUUGUCAUUCAGCUGAUUGUAUGCAGUGAAUAGUGGAUGCACUUUCUUCCAUAUCGGCGGCUUCUUCACUGAAAAUUCCUUGAUAGGUUGGGUUACUUUUCUGACAGUCACACUGCAGAGAUGGUUUCAUCAGUAUUUUCCCAAGAUUCAUGAUUGGUAGGAACUGACUAUAAGUAGUAAAUUGCCAUUGUUGCCCAAAGUUGCCCCGAUCAUAACACUGUUAGUCUGCAUGGUUCAGAUGAUCAACAGUUGAAUAUUAUUAUUUUGAUGUGUAACUACGAGGUUUUUUUUUUGUAACAGGGAUGAACUUCUUUCUGGCAUGACUAAGUUAGAUGAACAGUUAGAUAUGUAUCUAGGGUCGCUGAAACAACUGAAAAUGUUGGACUUGUCGACUGAGGAGCUUAAAGAUCAGCAGGAAACUCUACAGGCAGCCAUCAGUAACCCUCAACAUCCGCUUCACACAGUCCAGGCGAAGUAAGUCAUUCCUUGGAAUUCUGGGGAAAACAAACCUCCUAAAUUCUCUAGUUAUUGAUAUUUUUACGCAUCAGCAAUAAACAAAAUUGCCCUUUCAAGUGGCUUUACUUCUCUUUGUACAAGCGUGUUGAAAGUCACAAGCUGUUAUACGUGUUCGGUUUAUCAUUAUGGAAAUCUGGCCUUUUUACUUGACAUGCUACAAGUUUCACCAUUUAAGCUAUUCCUUCUAUUUUUUUUGGUGAUAAGAGUUAUAAUUGUACUUUUCCCCAAAGGUUUGAUGAGAAAAAGAAGCUGUUGACUGAUCAUGAUGCAGUGUUACAAACCAUUUCAGAGAAACUUGCUGAAUGUCAACAAUGGCAAGCCCAACACAAGGUACAAAGACCACUACCCUAGCUAAUGGAAAUUUUUAUUAUUCUUGCUGGAACAAGCCGAUAAACAUAAUCUUUCCAAUGACACCUCAACUUUUACAUGCAGGUCCAUGGUCCCUGUACGACGUGUGACGUUGUGACUGAUCACGACUCCAGUAAUAACUUAUCUUGCGUUGUAAAUAUGUCUGUAACCCCAAGAGCAAAAAAAAGGACAAGUUUAAACGCAGUUGGACCAUCUGUUCUCCUUAGAAGACUAUUAGGGUUCUUGAUUACACUCGACCAGUCAAGUUUUUAUUAAUCUAUUGUGGUAGCUAUUUUUAUCAUGUAAUGCUGUGUCCCUUGAAUGACGUUAAUGUAUUAAUGAUUGCUUUUUUCGCGCCUUGCUCUUGCCGUCUACUGACGAACUGAUGUGUUUGUUGUUGAAAGGCUGCAAUGGUGACAGUUCAUGGACCACAACUGGCAUCUCUUGCUAGUGAACUUCUUCAGCCACUGGAUCUAGGUACGGUAACACGUGAAUGAGUAUUUAAUACCUGCCUUACACAGCAUAGGUAAAUCUAAAGUAGAAAGUCAUUUACAACGCAAAGCAUGAAAGAACUUUCAUAAAAAAAUAAACAGAGAUCCGGCCAGGCAGCAACAAGACAAAUUUAAAAGACGGAGUGGCUAAUAAGCACCCUGUGUGACAUAUUUAGGCUAAGAUUAUUUUUUGAAGAUGUGGUGCUAACCAACAGCUAUACUUUAAAUCCCAAGAAUCUUGAAGCCUGCACUGCACAUGCCCGGCCCUCCUGGUACAUAUCAUUCAUAGUCAGCAAUGAAAUGACUUAGUUGCAAAGCAGCUGAUAAACAUAGCUGUCAUUUUAAACUUCAGUGACUAAGAUCUUUCAUUAUAUUGCCUCACAGGUCUUCCAAGUUUUGCUCCAGCCAUCAGUUUCCUUCAAGGUGCUGGCCAAGGGCACAUUGUGAACCAGGUGAUUGACACAUUCAAUCGGAAAAUAGUACAUCAAUACAUUCUCCCCUCCCCACCCCUCCAAAAAAAGCGAUCAAACUUGAUAACGGCGGCCGAUUCGACUCACAAAUUUCAGUAUACAUCCGUCCAUCCCGUCCAUACUGCAAUGUAACGCUUCGUAUUGUAGUAAAAAAAACUUUGGAGUUUGUAUGUUCUAUAGUAACAACUUUAAACAGGAAUGUACCAGCUGCUACCAGUAAACUUCCUCUGAUACUGAUACUCAUGUUUGAUGAUCAGCCAGGACUGAAUCUUGGUGAUAUUGUCUUUUAACAGUCAAGGACGGACAAGUGCUCCCUAUUUGAAAGACGUAUGAAUUCAAAAAUUGUAAAUUGAUUCCCUUCGUUGAUGAUGAUGAUGAUGGUGAUGAUGAGUCGAGACUCAAUUUAAAUAUUGAGUUCAUUUAACGAAUGGAUUAUUGAAUCAACGAACAGUUGGUGCCACUGAUGGGCAAUUGUCCGUUAACGACGGGAACCCCCGUCUGGCUUUGACUAUAAAACGUUCCUAUAGCUGCUCUUUGGUUGGGUUUGUGUUUAUCCAAUUUUGUGCUAAUGUAAGUCUUCUGUUUAUAAACAGUGUGAACAGCUGGAAACUGAACUGUCAGGCCUGCUUCACCAGCGACGCACCAUGUUCCGUACUUGUCUGGAUUUGCUCCAUACCUAUGCUACUGUGACAACUCUUGUAUGUGAUAAGAUUUGCUGCUUUUUAUUUAUUUCAUUUUUAUACAGUAACGUAAAACCUUCUGGGUUUGAUGAUUGUUAUAUUAAGAUUGUGAACAUAACACACUCAGUUAAUUAAUCUACGAUGUGGUUUGUCUGCAGUUUCCGCCAGAUUAUGUACAACAGAACAGGAGUUACGAGUGGCAGAGCUGGCUUCAGUCAAUAGUACAAGAUUCGUCCACCAAGAAGUAUGAGUGAAAUAACAUUUUUUAAUAUUAAGAUGAUCAGCAUGAAGUUUCUCCUUACAAUAUCAAUGCUUUAGAAAAGAAAGUGGUCUUGAGAAUUGAGUACAUGAUCAGGGAAGAUGAGUCUCAUUGAUAUUUCAACAAAUUCUCCCCACAACCUCUAUUGAAAAAGUAUAUGGACAGUACAUGAGAAUCUCAAUUUUAAUAUUAGUGUUUAAAGGGUUAACUGGUCUCAACUUAAUCAUUAUCUCCCACGGUAAAGAAAUGUGACAUGUGACUUGACUGGAGAAAGUUAGCGUGGAUAAAAAAAUCUCACGGUUCUCCUUUUUAGAUGGGUGCUGUAUGGUGUCGUUGUCUUUAUGGAAUGGUAAUUGUAAAGAUUUAUAUUUUUCCUGUAGUUGCCAAGCUGUGCUAGAGACAAGUGAAAAGGUACACAGUAAGCCGGUAGCUGACAGUCCUCUGACUCUAGCAGAAGUAACUGGGUUUAUGGCCAUGGAGGUGAAACUACAGAGUAGUUUGACUGAGCAGAAUGCCAAGUUUAUCAAGGUAGUUACUGUUGAUAUUUUUUAUAACCUUUCUUUCUUAGACUAAGUAUCAUCCAGUGUUUUGGGCCCCAUUUGCAAAUAUACGUGUUGAGUCUAAGGUGAAAAUCAUGGGGCUGUUUGCCUUUACCAUUUAAAGAAAACGCUUUCAGCAGUGAGUUUGUUUAGUUCUAUUUGGUAAGGAUUUUUACAAAAUUAUAUUUAACUUUUGGGAGGUGGAAGAGUUGAUCAUAUGCUAUUUACUUCGCCUCAGUGAUUGUCUUCUUUUUCUGGACGUAGAUGGUAUUGUGAUCCUAUUAUGUAUUUUCUUAGUUUUCUGAGCGGCGAAAGCAAGAAAGUGUUGAGACAGCAUUCCUCAGCAAAGCUGUCGGUGAGGCAUAUGCAGCGUUGAAGAAACAUCUUACUGGUAAGAUUGCUGAGAAAAUCAUUGCUAUGUAUAGUACAAUAUACUUGUGAAAAUGCGAUGAAACACUAGGCUGAAAUGAAGAUUUCUUAUGCCAUGCCUUCUCAACUAACUUGGCCAACUUUUCUUUCUGUAUACUCCCUCUCUCCUUCCCCAAUGUUGAGAAUAGCUUUUAUUUGCAAAUGGGUAACACGUGAAUCAACAUUGGCGAGGGCGUAACGGAAGUAACGUGACAAGUGUUUCAACAAAUGUGGCAAAUGUUGUAGAUAAGGCAGUAGUCAUCUGGAGAAAGGCCAAAAACAUCCCUACUAUGCUACUUAUGUCCACAAGAAUCAGUUUAACUUUGUCACCUCAAGUGAUGCGCAAAUCCUCGAUGUAUUAUCAUUAAUCGCAUAGAUUUGGCAUACCUCAUGAAUUUCCCAGUACAGUUGCAUUUUGUUAUUUAGGAGUGUUGUGGUUCUUGUAACUAACAGAUAUAUUUGACACUGUUUUACAGGGAAGCAGCAACCCACAUCUUUUCGAUGUCUUGCUUGUGUACUGAUUACUGCACUGUGCUCUCUGAAUAAAAGGUGUCUGGCAAUGGAGAACACAGCAAAAGGUUUGGAAACUAAGAAAUAUAUAACCAUUUUUCCAAAAGUUAAUUUUGAGGCUCGCCUAGCUUGCUGAUGUGGCUGUAUUCCUUAUUGAUUUUGUUGUUCAAAUCAAAAAUUCAAUGCAAAGAGAUUUAGAAAGUCCGGCAAAGUUUUCGGAAACCAUCCUAAUACAUCUCGACUCUGAAUAUGACUACCGCACAGGUUGUCGAAACGUCAGUCACUGUCAACAACAACAGUCCUAUUCAGGACUACGUUCACCCGGACGAUCAAACUCAACCUAUUUUUGAAAUGACUCCUGGGUUCAAACCUUUCACACAUCUCUUUUUUGUUUUUGUCACUAAUAUUUGGAGCCUCGUUUCGAUUAUGAGGCUGACAACGUGCUCCGUAAAUAGUUGGGGCGAUAUUAUACCUGAUCUAGGGCUAGAUGGGUUUCGAAAGCGUGUGACGGAACUAUCUAAAUUUCGUCGGGGUAUGAAGAAUUGUUUCUUUUCCAUUGGUGGCUCAUUAUAUGAAUCUCCAUUCUCUUUAGCAAUGUUGCGCGUAGUAUUGCAGGCAGUGUUGCACUAUAUUGGGUAUUGUUACAGAUUCAUGUGAAUACGGGUCAUUAUGAGACGAAUAAUCUUACUUAUUUGGUGAUGUUGUGAGAUGUGAUAUUAAACAGCAUCAUUCAGUUGACAACCAGUAUUGUUUUUCGUAUAGUGGCCAAGGACAGAUUAUCUGAUCUGACAUCAAGAGAAGGAGACUGGUUUCUUGACGAGCUUUGUUCCAUGAGUGGUAAUGUUAAUCAGCUUCUCUUGCUGCUCAAGGAUUACCCCUUGGUAAGUGAGAGGCAAAUUUUUACUCUUGAAUUCUUGGUGGCACGCCAAAUGAGCCCUUUGCAGUUAAAAGAGGCACGUGUUACGAAAACACUUUGCUGACUUCGUCCGGAACCUUGAAAAGAAAGGAAAUUAGCUUAUUAAGUGAUUCUAGCUCUUUGUUUCCUUUGCCCCACUUCGUCUGUUGCUCUCCGGCAUGGUGAUUUUGUCCCAUGCGACUGUUUAGCUGCUAAGGACCAAAUCCCCUCUUCAUACGCAUACACGAGACAACUUGGAAGGAAAUUCUUGGCAGUUUAUCUUAAGUCCUCUAAGGCUAUUUUCCACUCACCUCUUCAAUUAAAAAACCUUCAGAGUUGUAAAACAGAAAAGCUGUUUUGGUCUUGCUGUACCCCAAGAAUCCAAAGCAUGUACUAUAUGCCCGUCUUUUCUUUGGUAACAGGAGGUGAAAGAGGAUCAACAGUCUUUGUUAAGCCGGGCGCAGAAUUCCAUGAAAGCUGUCUUGGGAGUACAGAAAGUGUUUGUGGCGUUGCAGGUACAGAAAGAUCUUCAAUUUCAGGGGUUUUUUUGUUGCCUAACCUUGUGAAUGAAUUUUCUUUUAUCCAAAUAAUACUAUGUUGACUGAUUCUGUUUAAUCAAUAGGAACUGAUGACAAAUUUCAGGACAAUCAUUGUUCCAGAGGCAGUGAAAAGUAUCUACGCCGAGGAUCCAACUGUGUUUGCUGUUGUCCAACAGCUCGAAAAGGUGGUGUGCUCACAAAAGAUGAGCUUGAAAGAACUGGCUGACAGCAUUGAAGCUCGUCUCCAGGAAAAACAUGCAGCGACCGAGGUUGGUUGACUUAACAUACAGGGAGAAAGAUUUAAAUUUAUGCUUUUGCCUUCAGCCUACGACGUCAGUUAUUUAGAGAGGCUUGAAACGAAGCUGCGAGGCUGUCAGUCUGUAGAGAUGUGCACAUCUCUGAAAAUGUGAUUUCUGUUGAACCAAUCAAAGGUGAUGCUAGUCAAGAAAACAGUCACUGUCGUUCUUAUCUCUAAGACGCGUACUGUUCGGACCGGCCCUAAGUGUCCGCCCACUAACUUCGAAAACGUACAUCAUCCUCCCUCCCAACGUGGUAACGACGCAGUUCCCUUAGACCCGCCAAGCCCCUUAAUUCCAUAGCUACAAUCGGCGACAAAAUGAGUUGAGACACUUCGCCCAAAACUGGGCUUUUUUACGUUUUAUUAACUUCAAAAGGAGGAAACAUAGCUUUCCUCCCCCAUCCCCUCCGUGCAAUGUUGUGCCCUUGUUCUAGCUACCUAUAGAAAACAAAAACGCCCCACAGGGAAGGGGUGCGGAUUCUUUUGUUCUCCGAAGUUACCCUAUUUAAGUACAAUGUCUCAACAAUUUUGUCGCCGAUUGUAGAUUGAUCUUUUUUAUUCGAACCCAUUCUUUAAUCGGUUAUAUUGUCGGAAUUGAAGGUAAUGCAGACACCAAAUUGGUUGUAUAGCUCUCUCUUCUGCCAUCCUUUUCUCUCGCACUACAUCUCUCCCGCUACCCCAUAUUGUCGUCUUGAAAUUUUGGUAACUUACGCCGAUUUUGCUGACCCUCUUUUUAGGUGCAUAGUGCAGAGGAGGUCGAUACAGCAAUCCAAGAAAUAAGUGCUCAGUUUGAGAAGCUGCUACAUACCAACAAAAACUCCGGAUCAGAUUCAGGUAGAUUAGAAAUAUAUCAUUGAAAAUAACACACCGCCAUGCAAUUACGUUUUCCAUCUACUCGUGUCUGAAGCAUCACUUGCCCUGUAUGUCCUAAUGUUUGAUUUUAAGGUGUACUUUAUUCUGUUAACUUCCUUUCAUAGAACGUCAGUGACGGCUUUAAAUGUUAAUCCUGUGUUUGAGCGUACUAACAAGGCAAUAUACAAUUUUUUAUAGCCCUUGAACCAGCUUGCACAGUCAUUUUCAGUUUGCAGUUCAGUUAGAGCGAUUAAGUACUGCUUUGUCAGGUUCUCCCUUAAUAAGUGUAUAUAGUGUGUAGAUCACCAGUGUUCUUUGCUAGAUAGCAUUUCACUCCAAUCACAAAGUGUCCAGUGUCCGUCCUAAGUGGGCAAAUUGAAAAAAAAAAUGUGCGAGGUCUUCUCCAUGACAGACUAUCCGUUUUUAAGCCCGAAGCGGGUGACGGCAUUAAUCCGGUAUUCCUAAAAGUGUUGUUACACGGGACGAUUUUUAACGGUGAUUUUUAGUCCAGCACAACGUUGCAGUGUUGAAACAGUGUUGUAACUAUUCGAAACAAUGUCGCAACAAUCAUGCAACGCUAUGUUGCGCUAAAAAUCGUCGUCGCAAAUCGUCUCGUGUAACGUCACCCUAAAGAGAGGUUCAACUGUAAUGGAAAUGUUAGUAGACCUUAAUAAUAAUGGCAAUUUUCGUCCUUUGUUUUGGGUUAUAAGGCGAGGACAGUAGCGGCUCCAUGACUUCAGGUCAGAUGUUGCUUGCAGGCUUCAAUGGACUCUUCACCAAAGUUGCGGGUGAACUUACAGACAUGUUCACGUCUUUUGAACAAGUGCACUUCGAUAAGUUUGAGCUGCAGUUUGAUAUUGUUAAAGACGCACAAGAUCUUCAGGUAAGGUUUUUCUUAACGUGUAUUACACGGGAUAAACGUAUUCCAAGCAACUUUCAUGACUUUGUUUAUGUCACCAAUUGGUGCAGUGCGCCAGAAGAUUUUGGCAUGUUUAUAAAAUUCACUACUGCCAUUUUAAAUUAUUUAUAACUGUUCACCUCAUCAUUGGCAUAUUGAAUUGUUCCGAAGUUGGCACUUACAGUGAGUUAUUCUAACUUGGAUAAGAAGGGGGAAAAGACAGUAAUAAGAAAGAGAUGCAUUCUUCUCUUUCAAAACCUUAUCACCGUGCAUCGAACUCACAAGUCCACAGACACUUCAGUUGAAAGAAAAGUACUCGCUUCUGAUCGGUUAACGAAUUAUCAAAGUAAGAUUCCCUUUGUCGUGAACAUGUCUCGUGACUUGUCGAUAAAAGUUGGUUAACCCCCUUUAAGUUCGUUGACUUGUACUGUAAUAAUUCGUGAUGUCUAUGUAUCUACUACUUGCGAAAACAAACAAGUAUGUACUAUUUGUGAAAACAAACCAAAUUGAGUUAGCAGAUAGAUUUUAUCUUUUUAAAUAAGGCGCUAAAUCUCACAAAUGUACCAACAGGCAACUAAUAGAAGUAAAAAAAGACAGAUCUGUUACCUAUUUCGUGCGACACGUGCUGCGUAUUUGAAACGCUAUUUACGCUUGUGCUAAGAAGUUAAGAUGAGUUGUUUUGCAUGCUUUAAAGUACAGUGAUGCUAUAACUUUAAUCUAUUCUAAAUACUUUUUUCUUUGUCUCUUUUAGCUGACAAAUGGUACUAAAAAUGCUGAGCUCCUCGGCAAGCUCUUCUUCCUCAAAAGGCUGGAAGUUAUCAUUUCGUUCUUCAAGAGCUGUAGGCUACUUACACUUUCUUUGAAAGGUACCUGAAGUGUCUCUGUUUACAAUUUUGACGUUCUUUCCAAAGUUAAGACAAAACAGUGAAAAUUAGAAGGAAAACGUGUGAAAGGGAUUGUGCAACCUGUGGUCACUGGUAAGCAAGCAAUCUCUAGCCAAGGUUUAGGUUAGAUAAACUCCAAGUACUUCAAAGAUCUGGGAAAAAAUUGAUUUAUCCCAAUUCUUGAUAUGUUUAACUGAAGAACUAUACCCUCACUCAAAAAUCUUUUGCGCUCGCUUGUUACAGUUCGUUUUUUUGUUAUAAGGACCCAUUCGUUGUGGUGUGAGUUGCGAAGAUUGUUUUAGCUUCUUCCGACCCGGAAAAGGGUGUCCUUGUCCGCGUACAACGUGUGCCUUGUUAUGGGGGUUCAUUUUACAAUGUUUUAGGAUUAAAAUAUAUGGGGACCGCAGUCAAUUGUCCUGUAGCAGAGGUUCCACUGUUUUGACCAGAGUUCGUUAAUCUGAGCCACAAGUUAAUCAUGCUCCUUGAUUUUAUUCUGGUUUAGGUGUGUCUAGUUCAGGGAGCAAACAAGGAGCCAUAAAUUGUUCAACAAAAGCUUCACACAACUUGUUCGCCAACACAAACAACAUAUGUGCUGAAACCAAAACAUGGAACCCAGAGACUUGUUACAGUGAAGAUGAUCUGGCUUUGCAUGUCAAGCAUUUCAUAGCUGAUUGCGUGCAGCAGUGCAUCAUGGGCUUGCCAUCACAGGCCUUAGCUGUAGUGGUCAUCACAUUCGCCAACAUCCUGGGAAAUAAAAAUGAGAGUUCCAGGGAUGAAGGUGCUGUUUCUCUCGAGGAUCAUUGUAAGAAGGUACGUACCUUUACGAGGUCUGGCUGACCUGUAAACUAGCUUUAUAGCUAAGUGUUAGUCACGUUAAUAAAGUAUGUUUGUAUGUAUGAGGACAGUAAGGAGACGGUAUGGCUGAAUAGCUUCGGACAGUAGAUUCCAACUUCCGGAUUUAAAUCCUACUAGGGUGGGGUAGUUCACUGUUGCCUUGGGUUAAACUCCUCAGUGAUGCCUGUCGCUCGCAAACACAAUUGCCUCCAGCCUGUUAACAUUCCUUCGUGUUGUUUUAAGCUAGCCUUUACCUUCCCUCUCCUCGCGAUGUUUUUUACACUUUCCCCAAACAGAGAGCCUGUUCACAGGCUAUUUUCAGUUUAUUGCAAUAUUUCUUUCUAUCCUCAUCAUUUUUCAUUUGCAUACUUCACGGCUAAAUGUAACCUAGUACUAACGUUUCUGUUGUUAAAGGCAUUCGCUAAGGAUCAACUUUGUUUGAAAAUAAAAUUAACAUUUUUCUGUUUGGUUUGCUAGGUUGUUGAUACCAAUGUGUCCAGUGGGUUCAUAAAAUCAAAACAGCUCUCCCAAAUGAGCACCUUGACAAGUUCCUAUGAUGUGGCGUGGAGAAAACAUGAUUUUGCGAAGUAUGUAACGGAUGUUAUCCCUUACAAUAGUCAGGAUAGCCCUGGUUGGGUUUCAUCACAAGUCCUCGCCAGUAAGCUGGCAGUUGUCGUUUUGUUGACCGUACAAACAGGAAGACGUAAUACAUUUUUCAAAAAGUUCUUUGUCACUUCUUUACCAGAAUAAGUGGUAGACAUUUUUUCAAAGCUCGGAUUUUAUUUUACCUUCGAGUUGCUAAGAAUGCUAAUUAGUAACAGAAGAAAGCUGGCAUGAAUCCAAACUGUUAUUUUGAUAUUUCUCGUUUACUAAAGAAUUUAAAAACCUACACUUUAUGACCAAUAUUUACGCCACAGUCUGAGAAUCAGGCUUCUCUUUUCGCUCUCUCCGCGUUUUGUCUUUUCAAAUCCCCUCUUUUUUUACCCCUAAGUAGGGCCUGAUGUUAAGGUUCUUAAUACGCCACAGGGCAUUCCAGAAAAACUUGGCAGCUACUUUAACAUAUGUAGUUGUUAAUGAAUGUUGUUUCUCUUUCAGACGCCUGGAUAACAACAUGAACAUAUACAAAGGUGUCGUACAGAGGGCACAACUUCAACUAGCAAGAUUUCAGGUAACGAUUAUUGUCUAAGGUUGAAUUUUUGAGGAUGUUUGAUGGGAAAAUCCAUGAUUCGUGAACGCAUUGUGUUUAUUUUUAAAACUGCAUCGAUCUAUUUAUAAUAAUUAUUCUAACUUUUACUUUGAAGAAAGGUGGGCAAAUGUGUAUGAAAAUGCAUUUUCGAGAUUCUAUUUCGGUAGUUAGGUACAGAGCGUACUCCUCUUUUUCCCGCAUACUAAAAGAACUUUUAUCAAGUUUGUCAGUGAAAUGAAUGAUCCCAGGAACUGAGUGCCAAUACUUUAUAGCUGCUGACUCUAAUGGCCCCAGUUACCUAUGACCUAACCAGGCUCUUUCGUCCACUUAGUAAGCAAAUUUAAGAGACCUGCUAAUAUUAGACGUAAGUGAUAACGUUUCUGCAAAAGCGUAAUAGCCCCUUGUAAAUUAUGUUUGUCUGUGUGUUAUGUUCCAUUAGUGGCUGUAUGAAGAUGAAUUGUUACAGUGUCCCAUGCGUGGAAACAACAUGAUCACACCAGCUAGAGCAACAGUUAUGGCUGACCUAAAGAAGCGUGUUCAAGGGUUGCUUCACAUGGACUCGCUUAUCAAGGCAGUGGAAGAGAAAUUUAAUGCACAGGAAUCCAGUAUAGAACAGCGCCUCAAGUGGGCGGCCGGUGCGAACCCCGCCCUGAAUCCAGUGCUUCAGAACUUCGAGCAGACACUAGCUGCAAGGAAGAAGCUAAUGACUGUAAGUUCAUAGUGCUGUAGUAUUCCAGUCAAUAAUUGUCCAGCCUUAGACAGUGAGCCAACUCUGUGUUUUUAUCAGUGUGUGUAUACCAUUUUUUUUUUUUUGUUCGGCUCGUCAUUUUGCAGACCUACCUUGAAGAGGAUCUGGUUUUUUUUGUUUGAAGUGUUAUGCAUAUACCAUGUAUCUAGGAAACGCAUUUAAGCGUGAUUCCAUAUUAAGAAUAUUUAUUAUUGCGCCUUGUUAGUUUCUAAUUAACCCUUUCAGUGCCAAGUGUGGCCAAGGGCAAAAUGCAACAAAAAUUCCCAAAUUUCGUUUUGUAAAAUUUUGGAAACAAAUAGCACCAUUUGAAAGAACAGGUAGAGAGGUUUCAUUUGAAUGGUCACGUCAUAGGAUUUUGUCCACAGACUCAAAAGUUUCAACUACCUUAAAAGACUCCAACAUUCACUCUGGCAGUGAAAGGGUUAACGUGCGCGUUUCUCGUUUCCAGGUUGAAGGAAAACAUUCUUCAGACAUAUGUAGCUUGUCAAAUGCAAUUCUACACUGUGAGGCGUUACGUACACAAACAGCAGAUGCUCUUGCGAUAGAUAAUGCUAUGACUGGCUUGGUCAAAAGGUAAUUAUUCUUGAGUAAUUUGUGCAGUUUCCUUUUUGACGGAUUUGACGGAGAUUGACCUCUAAUUAAAUCUAAUUAUGCGUAACCUUAGAUCUCCUAAGAAUACCGAGAAAAAAAAUUCUCGUUUAUUUGCUUGUCUAUUAAAUUUUGGAAAAUUAUUAGUUUUACUUGAAAGUUUUGAAAAUAUAGUAACGUUCGUAGGGCUAGUGCUCACGACGUCCGCUUUUCCAUCUCUUUACGGCUGCGUUUUCACCUUGCUUCCGAGUGUGACGUCUUACUGAGGACUUCAGCACCCUUCGACUAGUAUGUCUCUUUUUGAACUUGGAACGUUGUUGUUGUUUUGCUCAUAAGACGUUUCGUUUUCUGUCGAUGUCGUUUUGUAAGCUCUCUAGUGUCAUUGCAAAUGGGUGUUACUCCAAAGACCAUUUUAUACAAAUGAUCACACGGUAUGAUGUUUGUCCGGUCUCGGUAUUAGGUGUCUGCAUAUAAAUGGAGGACUCUUUGAUUGAAAAUGGUUGGUCAAAAACUAUGACGUGGUCUAAGGUGGACCUUUAGGCUGCUCCACAGCCGUUUUUAGUGUCGUCACGCAACGCUAGGGGAGGAGCGUUGCGUGACGACACUAAAAACGGCUGUGUAGCAGACUAAAGGUCCACAAUGUUCGUGGUGAAAGUUUUCUGUAAGAUCGAGACUUACUCAUCUCCUUACUAUUAUCCGUUAGGCCUGAUUGUAUAGUUAUUUUAGAGUCAUGCCACCAAAAAAAGGGAAACAAGAAACGAAUAUAUGUUACUCACCAAAAUCUGUUGUCCACGCUCUUUUGCCUUGGAUUCGACAAAGGUUAAACGAACUUUAUUUUUAUUAAUUUUAUUUAUUGCUUUCUCCUUAGAUGUCAGCAAAGUUCUGCCGAGCUAGAGAACUGUUCGAAAAAGCUUCAUGACAUUGCAGAGGUUGCAAAGAAAGUGAAGGUGUCAUAUCCGCCGGAAGCACCCAUUACUUUGGAGUGGAUGAAGAACAAGUUAGAGACCGUUGGUCAGGAUGUGGCCUCAAUCAAGACUAGGAAGUCACAGGCUACCCAAGCCAUCAUGAGUAAUAGAGUAAGUUGAUCAAAGAUAGGCAGUAAAUGAAUGAAAGUAGUGAAAAAUUAUAGAUAAAACGAUGUUUACUGAAGUAAAAUCUCAAAUGUUUGGGAACACUUGCUGAACGUUAUUAAGAAGAAAGUGGCACUUCCUGUGGCUGCCUAUUUACCAGUUGGAGGAUAUGGAGGAUAUGCAAGUUGCGGUUAGUAGAUUGGGCCUCCCGGAACAAGAUAAAAGACUUUCGUGCAGAUGUGCAGGAAAACGUCAACUGUAUGGAGCCCUAGUAGCUACAGUCCACUUAACGAAGUGAUUGUUUGAACACAGAUACAGUGGACUCUCUUUUAACAGACACCUCUGUAAAACGAACACCUAGAGUUGGUUCCUGCCUUUCUUUAUUCCCUUUAUUCGACUCUUUAUAAGACGGACACCUCUCUAAGACGGACACCUGGUACCGGCCCCAGAGGUGUCCGACUUAGCGAGAGUUUACUGUACAGUGGAACCACGUUAUAAAGGAAUUAUCUAUAUAUAACGAAGUCCUCGCCAUAACGAACGAUAUUCCUCACCAAAGCAAUAGUAAAACAUGAAAAAAAAAAUCUUGAAAUGGCGAUCACAUUUUACCAAUUGGCAUUUCGUUAUAUCGUGGUUCCACUGCAAUCAUUUCAUCUUUCCUAUCAUCCGCCAGGAAUCCAUCAAGUCACAGGCCAGUACAGUGAAAACAGUUAUGGUGUCCCAUCAGCAGCUCAUUGGUGAAGUGAAAUCCAUGCUCACCACAAUGGCAAAGGUAAGGUUUUCUUUUCUCGGGUAACGUUCAUAUUUUGUUGUAAUAAUUUAACUGAUGGAGCCCAUUCCUUGUAAGCUAGGUUGUUUCCCUUGGGCUUCCUCGCCAUGAGCUUUUUAAAUACCUUAUUCUAGAAAAUUGACAAUGCACUUUAUUAACGCGAUUUUAAAACAUUCGCUAGAUCCAUUUACAGAGGCAUAACCUGAACAUUAACAUAGGUAACAAUGACUGCAAAUCUUUCUUCUUCUCCUUGACAUAUAUGAAUGUUGAGAUUUUGUAAGUGCAGCAAAUUUGUGUUGAAUAAAGUAAGAUGUUCAUCGAAAAAUUCGCGUUAAUGUAAACCUAACUUUUGAAAAGUUUGCGUUAAUUUAGUGCAACGUAAAUUUUUUUCGUGUUGUCAACGUGCAUUGUUAAUUUCCUAGAAAAAGGUAUUUAGAUAAAUAAAUAAACUGAACUGAACGUGUAACAAGAAGCAUGAUAUAAUUCGAGUUCCGCAAUUGAGAGGCUUUUUUAAAUGAUUGUUUAUAUUGGUUCAGGAUGAAGAGGCUGCAGAGUCCCGCCCAGCUAAGCUGUUUAUAUCAACACACAACCGCCAAUCAGAGGAGUGUUCUCAGCUUAUUAAGAGCAUCUUAGCAGGUAUGUGCACAUUUCACUUCAGCAGUUCCUAGUUACUCAAAUCACAACUGGGUAGAGACCUUAAAGCUUGCUUUAGUUUGCUGUGAUGUAUCAAGUUCCCUAAGAGAUGCUUCUUUCAAUAUUCACGAACUGAAUAAAUCUCCAUGUUGUGUGGUGUUUCUCUAUUUUAUAGUGUGUUCUGGAAAGGUCAGUGAUGGAAGGGACAACUUAGAAGACAACAUAAUAGAAGUAAAAGCCAUGGUGAAGUCCAUCAAAUCUCUGGUGCAGUGGUAAGUUAUGCCCCAUCCCUGUACAAAGCAAACCAGUUUUCCGCGUUUUGCCUGCUAUGUAUCGAGUCGUUAGUUCAGUCAUUAAUAUACCGCAUUAGCUAUUUCUACUUACCGUUUGUGUUGCUUGUGCCACUGGGAGGCUAAUGUUUAAUCUGGUACCGAGAUCUCUUUUCGACGAAGCCAAACAAGAGAUCUGGGUACGAGAUUAGGUAAUAACGAGGGUGGGGUGGGUGGGUGCUCGAGAGAAACAGGAGCAGGAAUCCACUAUGAUUAUCAGACGUUCAAAACAAGUGGAAAUCAACUGAUUGCAAUUAGCUUGAUUUGUACAUAGCUAAAUUCCUCUAAGUUGAACUUAAAAUUGAAUCACAUGUGGUUUCAAGUCGCCUAACGCCCGGUUUAAACGUCGCAUUUCUCAUGUACCGUCUCUAAUGCAAAUGAGCGAGAAGAAAACAAUUUCCUCACUAGCAUUAAAUUUGGCACAUGUGAAAUGCGACGUUUAAACCGGACCUUAAGCACAAUAGCCUUUCACGCAAAGGUUUUUAGGGCUUCGUCGCACACACAUGUUCCUUCCCUCCUUCCUUCGUGAUGAAGGAAGUGCAGAAUCCCUAGAACGUCUGCGUCGGAGGCUAUAGGUACAUUCACAAAAUCAGUGAAUGUGAAGUGAUGAAACUGGUAAGACCUUUCCUCUGUGCAGUUUGUUUAUUGGUUCUUAGUUCUAUAUAUACAUCAGUAUUUGUUUAUUAUUUGUAGGGUUCAUGACCACCUUCUGUCGCUGGCUUCACCUCUUGUUCCUGAUGAGUCUGGUUCCAGUGGAGGAAAAACACCCAUUGCAGCUCCACCACCCACAUUUGCAUCAGGUAACUUGAACUAAAUUACCUCCCUUUUGUCAGCAAGUCUCUCCAGAACUGUGAAAUAUAUACUUUGUACAACAAAAAUGCCAUGCUAUUCUUUUCUUUAGGAAGAAACCCGCCUAAUCCUCUCUCUUUCUCUCUUUCUCCACCCAGCUGUAUAAAAGAACCCUACUUGUGGGCAGUAGCCUCAUACCUCUUUAAAGCCUAAAAAUUUAUCGGACCCAUUUGCGUUGCAGCUUUGUUGUUUUAUUGCUAGGUUCCAUUGCUAACUUUGUUCGUUCAUUGUCAUCCCAACCAAUCCUGUGAAGCCUUUUUACUGCUGCGAGGAACCUCCCUUGGCGAGGGAUGCUACUAAAUGCUAUUGCGUCGCGAUUUGUCGUAUUUAAUAUCAAAGUAAUUCUUUGAUGAACUUUCAGUAAUUGUUGUUGGCGUUGUGUCAAGUGAAUUUAAUGUAUUUUUCUUAUUCUCCAGCUCUUCGCCAAGGUGGCAGUGUUGCUGUACAAGGUAGUAAAGAUCCUGUGGCAUCAGACAGUGCUGUCUCUUCUCAUCCAGUUAUCCUACAGAGGGACAUGACAGCCAGUCCAUCCGGCGGCGCUGGUUCACCAACUGCUUCGUCCAGACAGAUGGCAGUGGCAAGCCCUAAACGAUUGUCAACCACAAAUCUGGCAAGAGACCCCAGAACAGGAAAAGGUACGUGUCUACCUGUAGUAUAAGCCAGAGUAGUAUUUAAGCAUUGCGUUUCGCAAUGCGUUUCGCACUAUGUGUGUGUAUGUUUGGUUAAAAAUUGUGAUGUUUUGAAUGAUGAUGUUCAUUUUUUUUUCUCUCGAACUCGUGAAUAAUUUAUAAAGUGAAAAUAAAGAACAUCAACGCCGUGAAGGAGAUUCAUUUAAGCUUUGCUCUGCUUCAUUUUUACCAUCCACUUCUCGGGGUCUUGAUAUUGGGAGAAACAUUGUGCGUUAUGUGUAAAGAGGAAAGUCCUGUUUGCUUUGUGGUUCAGGUACGUCUUGUUAGUAUCUCAAGACCGUCUUCCCAAAAAUAAAGCUAAAAGACAUAGAUACUGGUAUAAAGCAUGAUGAUAGUGGAGACUGUUUCAUAGUCGCUAAAAGGCGACAGUAACUUGUUACAUCCGUACCAUGCAUUUUAGUCAACGCUGCGAUGGUCGUUAAUUGUGAUUUUUUAACAGCUCUUCAAGAGAGGAAUACCUAUGCCAUCAGUGUAUGGCGACGCGUCAAGUCUAAGCUGGAUGGCAGAGAUCAAGAUAAUAACAAAAAAAUGUCCAUUGCAGACCAGGUUAGUGAACUGUUCACCUGUCACUUGAAAUGUGAACAAACUCUUGAUCGAGAAAUUUUAAGGGUGUGAAAACAUGAUUUCUCUUCUGUGGCUAAGAUGGAAUGGUGGGGGGGUAUGGUCGACUUAGCGAAUUGGUCAAGGUUACGCUUUGUUCUUGCUUCACUACGCUCUUGAAUAUUGCUUGCCCAUUCACUCAUAACAGUGGUCAAUAUAAAGAUUUUAGAAAAUUCAGAAUUUUUGUUUUUUGAAGAACCGAAAUAUAGUAGUGCUUGAGAGGAUUCGUUUAAAGGGUAACACUAUACAGUAUUGUAUCUAAAGACGCAAACGUUACAACAACAUUUUGUCCCUCUGUAACUGACCUGUAUGAGAAAGAAGGGGUUAAAAUCGCUUAUGAUCUAAAUGAAAAGGACUAAAAAUACUUUAUUCCGUGAUUGUUUAGGUUGACUUUGUAAUCCGUGAGUCACGAAGCUUGGACAAUCUGAGCCAGAUGUAUGAAGGCUGGACAGCAUGGGUGUGAAACCGCAGUGCCAAAGGAAAGUAGUGAACAAGUUCCUGUCUACCGAGACAUAACUGAGAUGGCCAACCACAGCCAUCGUUGUAGCAUCAAAGCGAGCCGUAAGUCGGGAAGCAUUACCAAGGCUGCAUACUGGAGUGUGGCUAACAACAGCAUUUAUUUAACAAUGCAGACCGCAGGCCCGAGGUCUAUUUUUCGAUGCUCUUUCAACCAAGAUAGAUUUUGAAACGAGGUUCCGGCUUCAGUGGUUUUGGCAAACGACUUGGUUGAAUUUAUUUGAAACAUCCGUCAUUUAGUGCCUGUCUUAUAAGGUAACUUACUCAGUGGCUUGUAACUCAUAUCUAAAUGCUUGCUCCCUGUCACACCCUUUCCAAAUACUAAGCAAACAUUUAGUACAAGGCAAUAAGUUACUUAAACACCUUAUAAACGUAAGUUGGUCAUGGCCAGCUUCACUUUUCCAUAUGUUCAUCCUUUUAUUUUGUAGAAAGCAGAAAAUUUCAAUACGAUUAACUCUACUUUUUGCUGCAGCCAGUGGCCCUAGAAAUACUUUGUAGCAUUUGCUUAUCUUAAGAGGGAACUGGCAAGGUCAUCAAAGGAUUGAAAAAUGAAAACCAUUUUUGAUGAUGCGUUAACGGUACAUGGCUUAUUAGUUUCAUAGUGAAGCACAUACGCUCCACCUGUUGACUGAUGACAGGGGAUUGAAUAGAGUAUUAUGUGAAACACAUAAUGUUUAGUGCUUUAAUAGUAAGCAUACUAUCUACUCAUCUUUAGAUCUAAAGUAACUUAAAUGCAGCACACAAGUUCACCAGCAGAAUACUUGUCACCUUAAGCAGUGCUGCCCAAAAACAUCCGCGUUAAAACAACUGGUGAAGUUUUCUUUUAUUUUUUUCUCUUGAGAGAGAUUGUAUUGUCUUGAUUCAAUUCUUUCUUUGCCGACCUCAAAGUGCGUUGCGCUACGUUUCUAAAUUUGAAUAGAUAGAUCAAAUGAACAACAGUGAAAAACGCUCCUCUUUAAGUAUUUCAUAUGUGCGGUAUUUAGGGCUCGCACUACCCAUAGAAUGCCGGAAAAACUCCUGGAUUCUUGUUAGUCCUAAUGAAGCAUCUCCUUUUAUUUACAGUUACUAACCUUCUUAACUGCAUUGGAUAAAUUUGGCGUAGAUUCUGGUAGUAAAAGCUGUUGAAUUGUUCUGUUAAGUAAUUAAUUAACGUAUAACAAGCGUCUUACUCUUAGCGAAAUAUUCAAACUUCCAAAUCCUGGAAUCUUUGUACGCUGGGAAACUAUUCCACCCCCUCUCAGUAGACCAUGUGUUCUGUUUGUUUUACCUUCUUUUUUUUUUUUCAAAUGAAACGGCGCAUUUUUGUUUGCAAUUUUACGGCUUUUGGUGGCUACGAAAGAGUUGACUCCAAGACGUUUAUUUUGUAAGGUUCGUACUGCCUCUGUGUUGAUAAUGUUUUAAAUAUAAAUUUUUGAACAAGUCACUUGCUUGAGAUGUAGCCUCUUUAUCAUUCAAACGCAGAGUAACUGUAUGCCAGCUUUGUUUUUGUGCGGGGGGAGGGGUCAGGUAGGAUGGGGGUGCCCUUUCUAUAAAGGCGGUAACGAAAACUAUUUGAGGAAGAUGACGUCAUUGAAAGAAUAACGAUGUCAUCGAAAUGUCCCAAGAAUUCUUGUCCAUUAUUGUAGCUUUGAUGUGAAUGUGGCUUUAGACCGUGUAGAGAUCAAUGUAAGUGCCUUUUGCCUAUAGUCAAUUAGUUUGUUGCUUUGUUUUAUCGUUUGGCAGUACCAACCGUCAUUUAUUGUUGUCAUUUCUACUCAUUUACUCAUAUGUGUGUUAUAGUUAUUGGUGAAGGGAUUGGCAUUUUACAGUAUUUACACAUUUGGUAAUCUUUUUCGAGUUUCCAAUAUUUUUCAUGUUAUUAGUUACAAUUGAAUCAUUUAUUAUCGCUCUUUGAUCGCUAAUCUCUGGUGAAAUCACCCUACUGAUCUUGCUUGGUUUGAGCAACCAAGUUAAAAGCUAAGAGAGUUUUUAAGCUGCAGUUCUCCUAAAGUUAAAAACAAGAGUGGAGAGGAGUAUUGUUUGACAGUAAUUUCGG